AUGCUAGCCACCCGUAACGUUUUGCUCCUGUUAGUGGCCGGUUCGUUUCUCAUCGCAUCGGUCCUAGCCCUACCACAGCGCCAAAAUGAAGGUAUAAAAAAUAAUCGAAUACAUAAAAUUAUAAUCGAACAAUAAUAAUUUUAAUUUAGAAAUACAAUUAUAUAAAAAUUCAGUAUUGUAUAUUAAGAUCAAUUAUAAAAUAUCUAGAUAAAAAUUAGAAAUAAUUGCUGCAAUAAUUAUCUAGAUGAAGAUAAAUAAUCAGUAAUUUUGUGUAUAAAUAAAAAGGAGAGAGAGUUAAGUUUAGUCUAUUACCAAUCAUAAUAUUAUUUGUAAAACUAAAUCCUAAAAGUAUCUAGUAAAAGUGUACCAAAAUUGGUAUACAUCUAGUUUUCAAAAUUGUUAUGUGAAUUAAACCAUAUUAAUAUAAAUCGAAUAUUUUAAAAAUUGUGUAGAUGACUAAAUUAUGUAUCUCAGAUAACUAAUUUUAGAUUUAUCUAAAUAAGAUAAAAAAUAAAAAUAUACAUAUAAUCUAUGUAUAUUUUUUAAAUGAGACACAACAUUGCUUGUAUUUGUAGAUCACUGCCAUAAGUGUAAAGUCGGAAGUAUUUAGUUUAGACACCAAACUCAAUAAUAAUAAAUCAUUGCAAAGAGUUUGGGACAUGUUUUUGGACUAGUAAAUUACUAAAUAGAUGCACGACGAUAUAUAAGUAUUCAAAAUUACAAUAAGAAAUAUCAGUAAUUUCAAUACAGAUAAUGUACAACCAUGUAUGAUUACAUAGGGUUCAUUAAAAAUCUCAAACUCUACAGAGUUUAUAAUUUUCAACGUCACGCUCCUCUUUUGGUUGUAUCACUGAUUGAUCAUAAUUAUUGAUUAAUCGUAUAAGUUUAUACUCCUGAGUUAAAUAAUAUGAAUAUAAUAAAUUUAAAUUUUGAAAUUGUAAGAACCUAUAUUUUUAUAGUCAACCUGCACGGUUUAUUUCAAUUUAGUUGAGUUUAAAUUUUAUUAGAAUUAUUUAAUUGAAUAUCGUUGGAACAAUACUAUAAUAGUGUUAUUUUAAAUAUCAAAUAAAACAAAUGUAUUUGCAGUUUUUGUGCACGCGUUAAACUACCGACCAUGUAGUAAAAUGUUAUGCGAUGCAUAUCAAAAUAAGUUGAUAUUUAAAAUUCCGAAAUCAUAUAUUUAUGUUUAUAUUUUAAUAUACCGUGGUCAUUGUAAAAGGAGGUCAACCUAUAUUAUAAUAUCAUACUUCAUUUUUCAUAUUAUUUGUGCGGUCGAUUCUACUUGUAAUUAACCUUAGGUAAAUACUGGUAGACUAAACCGAUUUACCGUUUCUAGAUUUCAUUUUGAACAUUAAAUAAAAUAACAAAAAACUAUAUGUUAUUCGCAUUAAAUAUUUAUCAAAACAUUUCACAUUAUAUACUUAUAAGGUUCGAAUAAUUCGAUUAUAGUUUUCUGAACAUAAGUGUAGAAUUGUAUUGCAUUUUACCCGUUGUAUGCAUUCAUCUGUAUAAUAAAAUUACCGCACAUAGUGUACACUGUUACGAUCGUUGAUUUGGUUGACAAGGAUAUGUAUAUAUAUAUAUAUCAUUCGUGACAUUAUUAUUAUUAUUAAUACACCUAUACAUAAUAUAUUAUAUAUUAUGGUAUAUCAUCAUUAAUAAUUUAAAUAUAACACGCCCCCCAAGCGUCGCAUUGUCCACUCAACGCGGUCACUCCGUCAACCUGGGACAUUAGACCAUUUACGUCCAGCGGAAAAAGCAUUAGAAGUCAGACACCGGGUAGCUCAGCGGAGGAGUAAUGACCCGGUUAGCGAGAGUUUCAGGUUCGAUUCUCGGUCCGGUCGCAUAAUUUUUAACACUAUAUUCCGGACGAGAACGGAAGCGUCAAAUAAAAAUUGUAAAAUAAACAAUAAGCAUUAGUAUAUAUUAUAUCAUAUAUGUAAAUAUAUGUAUUCUUACUAGCCAAUAUUGAAAAAAUAAAUACCAAAAUGCAGUUUUUGAAAAGAAGGCGUUCACAGUUUGAAUGUGUAUCGAUAUUUCGUGAACGAAUGACCGUGUUCAAUUGAGCUACAUUAUUAGACAAAGGUGAAUACUGUUUGGUUAGUUUGAUAUAAAUAAAUAAAUAUGAAAAUUAUCACAAUAUUGAUUUUCUAAAAAUAAUAAAUAAUAAUAUUAAUUAAAUAAUAAAUUGGUUGUGUGUAGUAGUUUACAAUUUAGUGAUACCUAAACAUCUCUUGUAAUUUAUAAAGAAAUAUUAUCCACCAAUAUAGGUAGUAUUGUUUAUUUACCACGCUGAUGUUAAACAUUAUUACCAAAACAUAAAAUAAGUAAGAUUACUCUAUUUACACAAAUAUUAUUCUGUUUUUUUUAAAAUGUUACAUUUCUAUCAAUUUUAUUUUUUCUCUGGGAUUGUUAAAUAACACACUUUUUACCUAGGGCACCAACCUUUUAGUUCUACACGUUCCUUUUAAAAAAUAUAAAUGUAAAUACGAACACGUUAGUUUUAUUGGACAAUGAAUAUGAACGUGAACGCAUUUAAUUUUUAAGUAAAUGUUAAAAAAAUCGGCCAAAAUAUUUGUUCUUUAAGAAUUUUAAAAAUGUCCUCUUAACUAUAUACAAAUCAAGGUAUUCAAUUUAUUUAGGUAGGUAUUUACGCAUAGACAUAAUUUACCAUUUUAAAAGUUACUAAAUUCUAUCAAAAUUGUAUAUUUACUUAUAGUUUAUUGUUUAAAAUAUGUUUAAUUUCGUCGCCUAACUUAUUUUUUAUUUUAUACUACAUAGUUUAAAAAAAUUAAUUCUAAUACAAAUAUAAAUAAUUAAAUAUACACUUAUUUAAUUGUACAACACUUGGGUUCGCACAAUGAACCUGUUAGUAACAUUAUUUUUUUUCCUGUAGCCAAUAUAUUAAUGGUUGUAACAAUAAAUAUUGGGGAAAUAAUAUUCAAAUUGUUACAAUAAGUCUCGAUGGAAAUCUUUUAUAUACUUUUCAAUAUACUAUAGGUACUAUUAUAUACUUAACUAUAUGUAUAAUAUGUAAGUAAUAAAACGGAUACGAUAUUAUUAUAACAAACAAAUUUAAUUCUUAUAUCGGUUUUGUUAUAACAGAACAUUAUCAUUGUGAAUGAUAUAAUAUAAUUUAUGAUACUAUCAAUAUAAAACUCUAACAAUAAAGGAGUAGAAUGUACAUUAUCAUAUUAUAUUUUCGUUAUUUACCUGGUACACUUACGCAUGCGUGUAUUAAUAUUGCAUACACUAAAUGCCGUUUCAAAAAUAACACCAUCCCUGUUAGUCGUAUUACAUAUUAUCAUUUUGUUAUUCUGGUGUUAAAUCUUUCGAUUGGUUGACUCAGUUGGCCGAAACUCUCCAUAAUUCUUUGUCUCGAAACUCAAAUCCUUCAACUUUCAAUAUCUUUUCAUUCCCGUGUCCUUAAGAAUUUGCGGUAUAUAUUAUAUUAUAUUCCAUCAACUUUUUUGUUUCCCUCGGACUGGGAAGUGUUUGAACCAAUAUUAUAUAAAAUAACUAGCCUAAAAUAUCUUUGUUCCAGGAGAGGAGGGGUUUCCAACAUUUUUUUGUUUAAAAUAAAACGAAUGAAACAGCAAUAUUUGCGUAUUAACCUAAUUGGAAAGAACCCACAAAUAUGUUCUAGGGUCUAGUAAUCGCCAUCCAAAAAUUGAGAUAUUAAAAACAUUUGUCCAUAAACCAUUAAAAAAAAUUUAUUCUGCCAUAUGGUGUUACUGGGUAGCAAAUAUUGAUAUAUCCUUUCACGUAAUUGUCUAUCAUUUUUUUUUAUUGUUCUUAAAUUGUAUUAAAAUGGAGAAAGACAAUUAUUAUAUUGUGUUGUAUAGUUGUUCAAAUGCAUAACAAACAAAAUAAUCACGGUAAAUAAAUAAUAAGCCAUAAUUUAAGCCUUAUAGUAGGGCAUCGGUGGAUUAUGAUUUCGAACAUAAGUGGUAGAAAAAAGUUGAACGUUACGUUCAAGUUAGUUAUUUUUUUAAUAAGUAUUUUAAGUUCAAGUUUUGGCAGAAAUCAUAAAAAUCACGGCGUUUCAAAGUGUUGUUUAUCUGGAUUUCACUUAGAAACUUAUUUCGUUAGCAAUUAUUAUUAACGUUGCGUACAGAUAUAAAUUUAAUAGCUAACUUUAUAAAGCAUACUUUUUCAACUUUUGGGUUAAAUAAUUGUCACAUAUUCAUUCAGUAAUGUUUUUUCUUUAAUUCUAUAAUUUGCCAAAAUUUCCCUUAAUACUUCAGGUGUUUUAUUCUUCAAUUCUCACUCUGUCGUACCGCGAAAUCUCAAGCAUCUUUCAUGGUAAUAUCGCAACGAUAAGGUACUUGUUUAAUAUUAUAUCGUUGAUUAGAAAAUAACGCUAUUAAAAUGUAGCGAAUUGAAAUAUAUUUUCAAUUCAAUAAUAAUCACGCGAUAUUCGAAAAAUUAAUAUUUUAAUACUAUAAAACAUUUGGUGUUGAAAGUACGUCAUAUGAUAUUUGAAAACUUUAGCUGAUUGCAUUGUAUAUAUUUAUUUUUAUUUUUUUUUAUUAUUAUUUUUGGAUAUAUAUUAAUCAGUAAAAUAUUUUCGCGUAAAUUGCAUGCGAGAAUAUCAUCUGCGGUGCAAUUCCUGGCUCAGUAUAAUUUUUUUGAGAAGUCAUUUGACGAAUGAUUCGCGUGCAAAGAUAAGAUUAAUGGUAUCGUCGUCAAUUAUAAUAUUAUUCUUCACCCCCAGAAAGCUUUCAACAAUAAUUCUACAGCCACCACGAGUUGCCAUGUACAUAGAGGAAUCUCUAUCGCAUUCUCAGACGAUUAAUCACUUAUCACAUAUUCGAUCCGGAACAUUCGAUACGGCACCCAUCAUGUGUUACUUGUCAACAUCCGUUUCAUCCGUUAUGCAAAGUGACAGAUAUCAUGUGUCUGUUUUACGAGGCCUUUUUCUCAUGUUUGAAUUCUCAACCGUACAGAAAUUCCUUAUUGACGAAAUGAUGGACCGCGAGGUUAAUCACGUAUACAUGGUUUAAAAUAUUAUUGUUAGAAUAGGUGUUUAUGAACCAAAAGACUUUUGAAUAUACCUAUACGUAAUAAAAGUGCAAAAAUAUGUUCUGAAAACUAAAUGCGUAGAAUAGAAAAUACCAUAUAUUGUUAGUGAAUUAGAAGACCAUAACAACCUAAUUAAGUAAAACAAAUUAUUAACAAAUAACAAUAUUUUAUCUAUAAUACAGUUACAUGCUAAUGUUAUCAGCUCGACUGUCACCUGCUGAUAUAAUCAAUUAUUACUGUAUGGUUCUCAAUUCGAUGAAUUUAAAAUGUCUUAAAAAUGUACGAAAUCCUUGAUAUUUACUCUAAAUGUGUACAAAAUCCUAAAAUUCCAAAAACACAAAUUGUCUACAUUAAAAAAUAACUAUUAGAUCAUAUAACGUUUUGUAUAUAAACGCAUUAUGGUAUAAAUUACUAAUUUGUUUGGCUAAACAUGUAAAUAUGUAAAACCACAUAAAUAUCUACAAUAUUGAGUUAUAACGUAUCAUAUUAUAAAAGCAAUUGGAAGAGAAAAUCCGAUGACAACGGGCACGUCAGCUGAUAAAUCAUCGACCACUAAUCUAUAUAUACGUUGUACGAUACCUAAGUCCGUGAUUUCGAUUUCGGACAAAUGCAAACGCAAUAAUAGCGCACAUCGGAAUUGUUGAUUUAUGACUCUAUGUUAUAUCGUACGCCUGUCUACGGAAAAACAAAACUGUCCGAAGACUCCACUCGUGCGACUUUUCCAAUAAACGCUUGAAAACCAAAAGUGCUAUAAUACCGGUCCUUAUCGCGAUUCACGGAUAACGGGCAGUAUGUCUUACACAUAUGUUUAGAUAGUGUGUGUUUUAUUUCUUUUUCCCUCCUCUUUUCUCGUCUGUUCACAUAAUUUUGACAAGAUUAAUCCUGCUCCAAUCGCAGAAACCAUUAUAAGGACGUGCUAUCUCCUGCAUUUAAGGAGUUACGUAGAGGGAAUUUUGUAAAAAUGAAAUUGUAUUAAUUCAAAAUGAUUCAAAUUUACUUCGAAAUACAUAUACAAGUAACCCAAUGACAUUAUUUCGAGUAUUUAUUUCGAAAUCGUGAUAUCGUGAAAUUAACAAAAAUACUUACGAAAAACCGUUAGGUAUGGACAAAAACUAAUUGAGCUAUAUAAACUUAAUUAUGAAACCAAAUGUUCUCCAUAAAACAAAAAGAAUUUGCAUUAUGUAACGUAGGUUUUAGUUUUCGAUAUUACUAUUACGAACAAAGAUAACUCGAGUUUGAAAAAACUAUCAGAUUUUUUAAACAAUAAUAACUUUGUUUGUAAUUGUAAUACCGAAAAUAUAAAAGCAACGUUGUGAAGUGAAAAUUUGAUUCCUUAGCUUUGCCCUUAUAGCUCGAGUAGUUCUUUUUCGUACAACUCAGCUUGUUUAGUCGAAUUAUGGGCGAUAGCUUUAGGAAUUUUUCAAAAAAAUGUCUUAUAUACAACCCUUUAAAUACGGCAGAUCCUCUUAAAAGAACGUGAUAUACUAUGAUGCUAUCUUCGUCUUACAAUCGUAGAAUAUAGCAAUUUCAAGUUCAGCAGGGACAACUUUGAGCUGUUAGUUUUAAUAUUAUAGUGAAUUGACCUAUGAUCAAACUUAAAUAUACAAACAUAAUCUAAGCAAUAUUGUACAGAUAACAUAAUAAUCUAUUGCUCUUAGUUAUUAUUAAAUUGUUAGAUUAAUUUGUUUGUUUGUUUGUUUUUAUAAUGAUUGUAUCCACGCCAUCACUGAGUCAUCACAAUUAUUAUUCAGAAAUACAACUACAGUGUAACUGCACCUGUAUAUUAUAUUCACUAUUAGGUAUUGCAGUAUAUUAUUAUUAUGGAAUGCGCUAUUGAUUUCCAGACGUAGGUAUAGAAACGGGGUCACAUUUGUGCAAUUAUACACACGGCAUAAUUUUUACGAUUGCGUGUGCAAAAGACAUCAAACAUAGGUAACGUUACAUCCGUCGGAAGUCGAAUGAAUAAAGCCACGAUGAUAUAAUAAUACCAUAUAUAAAUUUCACAAUCCGAGCUAUUUAAAAAAUAUAGCAAAGAAAAAAACUUUCCCCGUCCCUUUUUUCUAUUGGAGUAUUAUUUCUGGUAGAAAAAAUAUUUUGUACAAAUUAAAAUUAAAUCGGUAACACUUUAGCUUGCCAAAAAUAUUUGUCGUUUCACCUAAAAUUUUGUUUCUGGUUUUCUCAAUUAUUAUGUAAAUUUCUCAAAAAAAUCAAAAAGUGGCCAACUGAAUUAACCAACUAGAUAAGACUUCACUUCCAGAAAAAUUAUUAAACUUGAUACAUCUAAGUAAUUUUUCUUUUCAAGUUGUUUAUAGACAAAAAAAAAUUGAAAAUUGAAAAAAAAUGCACACAUAUCAUAGUGAAACUAUUAAAUCCCCCACAUGGCUCCGAAUCUUAAAGUAACAGACCCAAAAAUAAUUAAAUACUAUCUAACGUUACUAAUUUAUUAUUAUUACAUUAAAUAUUUUUUCAUUAUUUCAUUAUUUUUCGCGUAGCAAAAUCUCAUUUGUAUAUUAUAAUAUUUACAUUUUGUUAUUCGUUAAUUUUCAUCGGAAUAAUAUUAUAUUAUUAUUCAAAGAGUAGGUAUAUAUAAGAAAUUUGAGUCAAUUGUUUUCGGUUAUAAUAAUAUAACUAUGCAAAAUUGUACCGAGCCCACAUCUAUACCUAUAUAAUAUUAUGAAACGAUUACCAUCGCGAACGCAACGUAUACACGUACCCACCAGCUUCACCAGUGCUAUAGGUGUUUUAUAAUAUUAAGUUCAAAUAAUAUAUAUUGUCAGACUUAUCGAUCGGAAAGAAAUGAGCGCAAAACAUUUUACUGUUUAAAUUUGUCGUACGGGUAAAAACAAAAAAAAAAUAGAAAAGAAAAGAAACGGUUUUUAAAAAAUGGCACGGAAGUUUAAUUACGAGCAAUAAUGAUGCGCGUGCGCGCGUUUGUAAUAAUUAGUAUUCUAAAUUUGUGAAACCGACAAAAAACAGUCUCGGGGUUUUUACGAUGUGCUAUUUGUUAUUCCUGCUGUUAACGGUCUGCGGAAAAAUUAGCAAAACUUUACCGUUGAAAAUGGCUGCGUUCGCAGUCCACCGUGUGAUAUAUCUUUGGUCCUAGAAAAGAAGGGCUUAUGUCAAUUUUGUAUAGUUUCCAGUAGAAGCAAAUUAAAUUAUGAAAAUACACACACCUAAGCAACAAAAAAAUAAAUAAAUAAAGGGAAAAAAUGACAUAAUUGAAAAUUUCAACACUGAAAUGUAUUUCAACCAAAAUUUCAUCUAUUUGUGAAAUUUUUAAAAUAGUUUACUUUAUGAAAUAUCAAAAAAAAAAAAAAUAAAUAAUUUUUGCAUCCAAAAUUAAUGGUAAACAAAAUAAAAUAAAAUAUUUUGGAAUUAUAUUUUUAAUAUGAUUUUAAAAAGUUUUCACAAAAGUAAUUUAAAAAAAUAAUAAAAAAAAUAAGUAUUUCAUGGAACACCAUAUAUAUUUUUCUUAUAACUUCCCUUAAGUACGAUACUGCAACGGAAAUAAUUCUAAACUAGAAAAUUGUGUCAUAUUGCAAUUUACAACGUGCAGAUUAAAAAAUAAAUGCAAAUAUAGUUAAUAGCCAAUAUAAUAUUACAGAGGACGUAAAACUAAUAUUUUUACCACACUGCUCGUACAACGUCCAAUGAGCUACUCUUACACUCGUAUAAAAGAAAUGUUUUGAUUUUUCUUACUAAAAGGAUGUUGAGCUUAAAUAACAGACGGCGUCACAUAAGAGAUAGAUCAAAAACAAAAAAUUCAUGGCGGGAAUUAUAUGUAUAUCUACCCAAAACUACAACUAUAAAUACAACAUUUCUAAAGAGUAUAAUCCAAAGACAAUAUAUACAUUGUUAUGCAUGAGCAGAAGUACUUGUAUAUAAUAUUGUGUUUUCCGCGCUGCAGAGAUUAAAAAAUAUAAAAUACGUAUAAGUUGCACUGUUGAAUAUUAUAAUGAAAACGCCGCCGUGUGGAACGGAAACAGAACAAAACGGUUUAAAUAUCGCUCGUGGAAAUAUUACUGUGACUACGAGUGUUUCGGUACACUUUGAGGUUCUCGUCGUUUUCGAGUCUACGGAGAAAUAAUACAAAAUACGUUCGUACGUCACUGCAGCGGCUGCAACUAUAGCAAUGCAAUAAAAUACACCGACAAAUCGAAUUUGUAGUUUCCCCUACGAACUGAGAGCUCGGAGGCAUGUGUAUCGAAAAACGGUACGGCCGUCCGCCCGCAAACCACGAUAAAACGCACACGAACGUACAUAAUAUUAUUAUAUUUCAAAGGGAAUCUUCGUAAUUUCAACUUUUCAAUUACCGAAAUUUAAUAACAUAAUAAUAUACGAGUUCCUAUGUUAUUAAACCUGAAGGUGGACCGCGAACGGAGAGAUUUUCGGUCCAGUGGCUUAUAUUAUAAUAUAUACCAAAGACGAAUAAUAUUAAUAUGCAAUGGUUAUAUAAUAUUUUUAUGAUUUGCGCAUUUCUACAUAAAUGUAUGGUGACCGGACAUACUAUUUUUCGAUGCAUUAUCCUAUGUCCUUAACAAUAGUGUUAAGUACAUGAAACUGUAAUCUUUUUUUUUGAAAAUUAUAAAUAAUAAAUUAAUAAAUAUAAAUAUGUAGAAAACAUAUUAAUACAAGUUUGUAUUUAUUUAAAUAUUUAAAUGUUUAUCUUUAAAAAUGAAUUUAAAUAUUUAUACUUUAGUUAUACAUGUAUACUGUAUACUUUUAAGUUUACUUAAAAUUACUUAAAUUUAAAAGUAUUGCCAUCAUAAAACACAAACCAAAUGAGUUGAUAUUAUGAUUUUAAAUAGAUACCUAAUCAGUUUGUAUAGUUGAUAAUAGAAAAAAUAAUAAUAGAGUAAUCAGAUUAAAAUAAAAUGUAUAUAGAUGGAGAUGAGCUAUGGGCAAAAUAGGUAGAAUAGUUUAUAUAUAUAUUGGCCAAUUCUUUUAAGCCAGGAGUUUUUUUAUAAUGGAGGACCUCAAUUUUAAAAUAUACUUUUUUUGGAUUUUUAUAUCUGGUCACCAUACACAUAGGUAAUCGUAGUUAUAAUCGAUUUUAAAUGCUGCGAGGCCAUAAAUGAUGAUUGCACUCAAAAAAAAAAUAUUAUCGCGAAUCAAUAUUUUGCAAGGUUUAUGGAUAAGAUAACAAUUGUAAACAUCAAAUAGGUUUAUUAUCUAUAAAUCUUAAAUAUUUUGUACAAGAACACUAUAGAGUAAAGAUACCGAACACAAGCGGCCGGCUUAGAAAAAAUUGGGACCACAUUGGUCGCUGGUCGCAUUCGCCUGAGUGUCCUGCAGAAUAGUCACUAUAUUAUUUUUACAUGACCAUAAUAGGAAGUUUAAAAUGUUUUAAUUUUUCCAGGAGAGUUCCGGAUAACGGUGGAACUAUAAGUUCCAGGUUAUACACAAGUGAAAGAAAUAGUCACGAUUUUUAUAAUUAUUUUUAUUAAAUAUAUAUUCGGUUAAUUUUGCAAGUUUUAGUUACUGUAAGCCGAUUUAUCGAGCAUAUAUAGAACAAUAAUGAAUAAUCGAUGAAUAAUCUUUGUGAAUGUUCUAAUAAUAUCUUAUGAACAUCUAUGUGUUACUCUGAGCAACAAUAUAUACUUAGAUAAUACAUUUUUUUAGGUAGGUAUCUAUUACCUAUAUGACUAAUAGUAUAUAUAGUAUAUAUAGUAUAUAUAGUACAUAGAUCAAUAUUCAAUAAUUCAUUAAACUAUAAUUUACGUAACUAUUCGUCGUCGUUUUACGAUACUUUUAUGACACUGGGGAACUGACAAGGAAACGAGAAACAAUAAAGUUCAAAGGCGAUUUAAACGCAUUGUCGUGCUGGAAUGGUCAGGUCGAUGAAAAUCCGCUAGUUGUACAACGGUUCGCUCUGACGCGGUAUAAACGUGUCACCGAAUGGCUGAGGUCGAGUCCGAUAACCUACUGGGAAAAAAGGCUAAAAUACGGUUUGGCACGGUGGAAACGACUAUUAUCACACUAAAGGCACGGCGUAUAUUUAACGACACGGUUUAAUAUUAGUUUUCCUGUUCGUCGUAUCGUUUCGUGUCGUGUGAAAUACUAAUUUCUGGUCGGAUCAUGUUAUUCUAGAUAUAAACGUAAAUAUAUCUAGAUCGUACAAACACGUAUUCAGCAUAAAUUUUCAGGAGGGGGAAGGUGGUUAAAAUAUUUUGAAUACAUGAACUUGUAGUCAGUUUUCUUUAUAUUAUGAAUAUAUACCUACUUUAAAAAUUUCGAGCGGGGGUUGAACCCCUCCUGUAUACGAUCUUUGAUCGUAUCUAUACCAUGACGUACGUUGCCAUGAGUUAGGAAUAUAUAUACAACUCAUUAACUCAGUAAUGUUGGAUUCAUCGUAUUAGUUAAGUAGCGUAAUCUGGGAUACACUCACUUUUCUCCAGAUAACAAGAAAAAAAAAUAUAGAAAAACGGCCGAAAAAUCGAUAUCCAGAUAUACCAACUUCGGAUUAUAAAAAUCUGGUACGAAUCGUAUUUUCAUUUCUUUCGUUAUUAAUAUUGCAACGUAAUAAAAUAUAAUUGGCAUAUAUAUAACCGGGGCAGUCGAGUGUAGUGGUGGCCACGUGGCUCCUCUAGAAACAUCCCUACGCGCUACAUGCUACUGCUGUUAUAUAGCGUCUGUGGCACGACGCGGCGGCCGAAGAACCCGGGCAGAAUCUAAAAAUUAUACCUCGAUCAUACAUAGGUACUAAAACAAUUUUCAAACUAUCAGGAACAUAUUAUACAACAUAUACGUAAUAUAUAACACGGUCAAAGAGGGGGCGUUUCGGUGCUACGUACCUUAGCCCAUCUCCCCUGAAUCCGCGCCUGACCGUAUGGCACAUGCGAUUGUGUAAUAUAGACGGUUGGUCCGGUGCUUGUUUCUAGGUAGUUUCUCUUGCACAUAUACAAUCACCUGUAAGAGGAGAAUACGGAAACAAUAUGUGACGCUCGUUUAAAAACUUUAAAAAAGCUCGACGAAAAGUUUCGGGAUAAAACGAUUGCGCGUUCGUUGUAAACGGCUCUUAUAUUAAAAACUAUAUACGGAUUGUUCCGUCAUGGUUUCGACGACCACUGCUCACGUUGUUUUCUAAUCAAAAAGGCACACCGGUACCUACGGUUUUUCAGAAGAGGGAAAGUUUUCGGAAAUGUAAUUGCGACCCGAGGGACAUGACGGGGUGUAGAGAGAAUUUACGCGCUUACCACUAACAACGAUUUCGACCGUACGUGACGCGCGUGGGAAUUGUAUAUCUUCGGCCCAAAGGGGCACUCGAGUCGAUAGAAUUCGCACCGGUUUUCGGCCGUCGGAUUUCCUGUGAAAUUUAUCGGUUAAAUGCUUUCCGAGACACUCGUCUUGGCCUUGUUUCGCUCUCGCGUAUGUUCGACAAUCUCUCGAGUGAAAAUAUAAUCUAUGUUUUAUGUGUACACGCGUCAACUUUUGAAUACAAAAAUAAAUGUUCAAACAAAAAAAUAAAUCGUUGUUAAACUGCGAGAUGUGAGUAUAUUUCAAUUGCGAAUGUACAUAAACUGUUAUGUUUUGUUAAUUAUAGAUUAUGAUUAUUAACGAUAAAGCUAUAUUAUAGUUUCAUAAAGACGUGUUUUUUCUUCUUGAAAAAAAAACUUUUACGGGUAGUAAAAGCACUUCAACUUGUUCGUGUCAUACCAUAAAGGCGGUAAUUUAUUUGAGGCAUAUAAUCUAAAUUAUAUCAUUUCAAAGCACAAUCUAUCAAUAGUAGACAUUAAUUUUACCAGUUAAAAUGCUAAUUUUGUUUUACUUCCCAACUUGGUUUAGUUAAUUUAUUUUUUGGUAACCAUACCUAUAAAUAUUUAACUAAUUCAGAUUUACAUUGUAUAGACUUUUUACAGUUAGUUUACAUAUAUUGAAUGUUUUCAACGUUGGAUGAAUUUUCUUUUUUAACCGAGUUGAAUUAACACUUUUUUCAUCACGAUAUUAGCGUUAUAUAUAUAUAUAUAUAUAUAUAUAUAUAUAUAUAUAUAUCUCAUCACGAAUUCCACUUAAUUUCGAUUACUACAACAAUAUUAUUCGAUCGUUUCGAUGUUCUUGCUCAAGAUUCAUGACAAAAAAAAGGACAUCUACAACUAAUUACAAUAAUAUGCAUCAGACAGGAAUUGAUACUAUGAUAAUAUAGCGGGAGAACGAGUAUAAAGUUUAUUGCAUCAUAUUUUUUUGUAUGCUUGGCGAAAAAAAAAACACGUCGGUUAUUCGGUGACGAAUUAUCGUUUUGGGAAUUUGUCUUGACGGUCGGACAAAUGUGAAAAAAAAUCUUGACCGGAAACUUAUCGCCGUUCACUGAUCGCCCAUAUAGGUAUAUGAUUUACACGUAUAAUAUGUUUCUUUUUCCCUUUGCAAUUGAUCACCGUAACUAUACAGUGACUCUAAUUCUCCUCCCCAUUUUUAUUUUACACUAUACCUCUAUACCUAUACCUAUACAACAACACGGUUUGCAUGAUAUGGUUUAAUAUGCAAUUUAUAUAAAUGCGGUUCUGUGCGUCUUUUUGACCAAUAUUAAUAGUAUAGGUAUUGUAGAAACGAGAAUCGCAGAAAUUAUUUAAAAUAAAUUUUAAACAAACUUACAGUGAGUUUUUGAUAAGAACAUAAAUAUGUGAAAUUGUAUAUGUCUCGAUAAAAGCUAAUCGUUUGUUUAAAUUCAGAAACGAGCAAAAACAUCUACUUCAACAUAGUAUCUAUAGAUAGUAGAUACCCGAUACUAGAUAAUUAUAUAACAAAUAACUUUCUAAAUUCAAGAUUCAUUAAAAUUAAAAUAUUUUUUUUAGAUUUUUCACGCAUGCAUCGUCUUAAAUUAUACAGCGAUUAAUUAUUUGAAACAUUUCUUGAAAUUCCCAACUAUUCCAUCUGUUUUAAUAGCCAUAUUAAAUUUUCAAUGGAGGAAUGAUACAGUUUUAGCCUCUUCGUUACCAGUGGGCAAAAUACUAAAUACAUAGAUUCAUUGAUUUCAGUAUUGUAAAACAUAAUUAACAUUAAUUGAUAUUUCCCACUUUUAAAAAUUGUAUUUAGAUGCCAAGAUAAACUAUUGUAUCUAUGAUGCUGACCAUCCCUUCCCACGUUUCACGAAAAAAAAAACAAAAUGAUUAAAGACAGAAGGCAUAUCGAAUUUAAGAUUAUCUAUUGUAAAUAUUAUUCAAUAUUAAAAAUCUCUACAACUUUGGAAAGUUUCUCUGGACAUUUUAUACUAUACGUAUUUAUAAAUCACUGCACACGAAAGUGAUGCGGAAGAUGGAAAACCGGUAUAUUUUCGACACGUGAAUGUUUUUAUCAUCCUCCCCGCGAACAAAAAAAUAAUUUAUUAUCUACAUAUCACGACGUUCUGCGUAGACAGAAUGAUUAAGGUGUCGCGAAAAUUCAAGGAAAGGAAAAGAAUAAUAACCACCGGAUAUGAUAUAUAUAUAAUAUAUAUACUUUAUAGUGUAUAUACUGUAUUAUAUACGCAUGGGGAAACAUAGAAUCUCAUCGUCGUCGUCAUAGUCGAAUACGAUGAACACAUGCCGAGGCGGCUCGUGGUUUAUUUUUCCACCCAAAACUAAAUUGGGGUUGUGACAAUAAUAUAUUAUACACAUGAGACGCAGUAUACAAGAUAUAGUAAUAUACAAUAGACAGUGUCGGGAAAUAUGGGUAGUCAAUAAUUUUAUCUAGAUAAAAUAAAAUAAUGAUUACAAAUUUACCAAGAAACAAAGAUAAACGAUUAGUUUUCUAGUUAACAAAAAAGAUAAUACAGUUAUCGAAAAAAGUUGAUACUUUCCGAGAUAAUGAGUAUGAGGAUUGAUCACCUUGUAUAAUAGAUACUCUAAUAAGCCCAUCUUAUACAUUUGUUCGAAUAUUAAAAAUAAUUUUUUAUAACAUUAAAAAUAAUAGAAAGAUAUAUGAUUCAUAAAUUACCUAGUUUAUUGACAAAACUCUAAAAAUAUUAUAAGUAAUAUUUAUUGUAUUUAUUUUUUUAUUUAUAAAGAAUAAAAUACCUGAUGCCCGGUGGGCAUGGUUUACAAAUAUAAUAUAAUUACAUAUAAUAAGAAUAUUCAAUUACAAAAAAGUAAAUAGUAAAUACAAUAACAAUACGAUGAUAAUAUAAUACUAUACAUUUAACAUAGUUGAAUACUCGACUUGAUAAAUAUUUGUUCAAAACUCGUAAACUCGAAUACUCGAUUGUUUAAUUUUAAAAAAAUGAAUGUAACAACUGGAUAUUAAUAUAUUCAAAUAUUAAUACAUUUUCUAAAAUUAUAUCAUAUUUUUAAACUAUAUUUUCAGAAGAUUAUCAUGAUGAUGGUUUAAAUUUACAAAAAUAAUUUAUUAUUGUAUUACAGAAAUAAAACGAAAAUGACAUUAAUUUAUGUUUAAUAUAAGGUAGGUCGUUGGGUAGGUAGGUAAAUUUUUUUUUUUGUAUUGGACUUUUAAACUAAACAGAACUGGACUCGAUUUCAAAAAACUAAAAUUCGCCAAACUCUUUAUACUUAAUAUUUAAUACGAAUAUAUUUAUACGUAUUUAUUAUAAACAUAAUUAUCAAGAUAAAAAUUAAGGUUUUUUAAUUUCAUCUUGAUAAAAAAUACACGAUUGUAUGAUACUAUGGUCAAUAUUUCUAUCUGUCCCAUCUAUAUUAUAUUUUAAAUAAUUGUAUUUAGAUAAUCCGUGUAUACUAUAUAGAUAAUUAAAUAAUGAACAUUACCAGUCUAUUUUUGCGGAUCAAAAUAAUACGAAAUUAGCCUAAAUAAAAUCUUGGCUCUCUAAAUGUACUUAAACGGCCUUAAAUUCAUCAUUACGUCUUUAUAGAUAAACUAAAGUGACUUAUUCAUUAUUUUAUUAUCUAUGAGAUAAUACCACUGAUAAUAAUAUCAUGAGAAUCUGCUCCGACGGCGACGGCCAUCCCGAGCUUUUUAUUCGCCCCAGUUCCCGAAGAUUCCCCCCUCCCCCAGACGCCCCCAAAUCAUCGCUAUAAACACACCGUAAAUAUAUAACAUACGCCGGCGUAAUAUUUUACUGCUCGUUCGAUGUUUUUAUUUUAUUAUAUACAUAUUAUAAUAUAUACGAGACCAGCCGAACGACUUGGCCAUAAAAGUGUUGCCACCGUUUCUGGCGAUACGCGCAAUACUAUGUUAUAAUAUUAUAUAUAAACUCGCAUGCGCUGGCUAUACUACGGUCAUAAUAUAAUAUGUCGCCAGACCGUCCAUUGAUCUUCCCCCACCCCCGACUCCCCGUCCCCGCCUCCCAUCAUGAAUACGUGAAUGUUGGGGUGAAAAAAAAGCAAAAAUAUAAAAACGAGGGGGGGGGGGGGGAAAUCGGAUGCGUGCCAAAUAAUUUCGAGAGUUUAUACUGAUAAAAAGCACGCGAACUUAAUAAAUUCGCCCCUUUCAACCCGCCGCUGCCACCUCCGCCGCCGCUGCCGUCGCCGUAUUUCGAUUCCGUCGAUACUACGCCGAAAAGUCGGAAAUUAUAAUAUAAUACGAAUAUAAUAUUAUACCGCCGCCACAGUUUUUAUCAUAUUUCGUCCUUAUACCGCAAACAAUACAAUAUAUAUUUAUUAUAUUUUAUUAAAUUUCUAGAGUUAGAUGAGUUUUGGCUUUUCGAAGUCAAGCAGAGUCAAAUUCAAAAGUCGAGUAAUCGAAAAUUGUCGCACGUUUUAAACUGCACGAGUAUAUGCAAUAUUACAUUCGCUAAGGGACUGGUGGAUAGUGAAUAUCCCAGGUUGUUAUUAAUCAGUAAUGGUAAAUAACAAAAAAAAUUAAAAUACAUUUCUUUAUAAUUAUACCGAAAACAAAACAAUAACAAUCUGUUUUGUUUUUUUUUUAACUCAAUUACCGAUAUGAUAUUUUUAUCGGAGAUAUUUGGGUUUGAACAUAUUUUAUACCUUGUUAUUACAUUUAUUGUUUAUAAAUAAAACAGUCGAGUAAUUUACUGGAGAACUAAUGUUUACGAGUACAAAAAAAUAAAAAAUUUCGAGUACUCGGGAACUUUUCCAAAGUCAAGCAUUCGCCCAAUUCUAAAUUCCAUUCAGCCCGAGCGUCACGUCACGUCGUUGACAUUUACAAUUAUUAUUAUUAGGUAAUGCGUUUUAGUACCUACCUAUAAUACGAGUGUCGAGUAUACCUUCUCUGAGCCACCGUAUGAAAUAUAUCGAGACUAGGUAAUAUUAAUGUAAAACCGGGUUUUCUCUUUCGAAAUCACGUAGUAAAACUUAAACCACCGAAAUUGAAUAAACUCUCACGGGAUGAAAAAUCCAAGUAUCGAAUAAUAUAUUGUCCUUACGUACCUAUGUAUGAAUAACUUUGUAUACCUAAGAACAUUAUCCAAACAACAAAAUUAUUUGAACAAAUGCGUUAUGUACAAACAUGAAAACGAAUGUAUGAAUAUACGAAACAGUACACGCCCUGUAUGAUCACACAUUUCUAACCUACUGGUAAACGACCAUCCGUGAUAUGAUAAUAACAAACACGUAAUUCAUAACCAUCAGCUAUUAUCAUAGACCAGUGGAGAGGGACCGAUAAAUUUAUCGUAUACAGUCUGAUCGAUUUUGUUUACCUAUAUAAUAUUAUAUUAUCAGAGAGUAAAUUUAAUCACUAAUGGAAAUCGAUGUAUAAUAUUUAGUAAUUUUACAGAAAAUCUGGUAUUUUGAAUAUAGUUAAACUGAACUCUCGAGUUCCCAUCACUAUCGUUAUUAAUAAUAAUAAUUAUAACACUUAUAUAUUAUAGUGAUAUGAAAACCACCCAAUGAAACGCAUUAUUAUAGAAAAAAAAUUACAAAAAUUCGAUAUUUGACUAUUAAAAAGCAUUUUGAUGUUCGAACAAAUUAUCAAAAGUAGGUAAAGAUGAGUGGCCUGUAUUGAAAAAAAAUAUUAUUAUGGCGAUGUUAUUGUUGGGGUGCGAAGUAUUUUAAUGGGUUUGUGUUUUUUUUUUGUUUUUUACAUAAUAAUAUAAUUUUGACGAGUAUAGAACUUUUAAUUGUAUGUCUAAAGUUAAUUAAAUACAAAUUUAAAAACAGAAACAAAAUUAAUUAAAGAGUAAAUAUAGAUAUUAUUAUCCUAUACUAAUUUUAUUAAAAUAUACGGCAUAAAACAGAUGUAAAUUAUGGAAUACAUUUUUAAGGGAUUUUUUCCACUAUAGGUACAAUUAUUUAGUUUACAAAAAUUAUUUAACUUACUUUUAUUUAUUAAUAUCACUAAACUUAAUUUACCCUUUUUUGUCUCCGCUUUGUUAACUUUUUUUAGUAAGUAUAUUGUACGUUUAAGAUAAAGUGAAAAACCUUAUUGUUUUUAAAACGAUGGGAGUUUUUUUUAGCAUAUUUGUUAACAGGUUAUUGAACAGAAAUAGUUUGUUUUUAAUAAGUUAUAUAUAUAUAUAUAUAUAUAUUAUUAAUCUUACCAGGCUACACACUAAAUUUUUCACAUUUUUUUUUUUUUUUGAGGAUAAAAUGUCAUACAUGCUAUUAUUAGCAACAAUUUUAUCUACGAAAUUUCCAAUGGCAUUGAAUGCUGUUUGACUUUUCGUUAACAUUUUUUACGACUUAAACAGAUUUUAUGACACAAGAUAAAAUAACGUUUAUAUGUAACUUAAAAUGUUUAUUCUCAAUAUCUAUCUAUAGAAACAAAAUCAACAUAAAAUAUAUAAUAGUAAUAAAAUCUAAUUAGAUAAAUCAAAAUAUCACAAUCAUACCUACACUGUAAAAUUUAAAAUAGCCUUACUUACUAUAAACUCUCGUAUUUUGUAUAAUUAUUUUUUUCCGAAACCUACAAAAAAUGCAUUUUAAAUACUUGAAUAUGUAUUUCUUAUUUAAAAUUAUUUCGAUUUUCUUUGAAUAAUUUUACAAUAAAGGAAUUUCAAAAAUUAUUAUUUAUACAAUAAAUUGGAAUGUUCGUAAAAGUAUUAUUACAUACGAAUUUGGUGGCGUAAGAGUACUGCCUCGAAGUAGCACUUUGCAAUAUUCUUUUUUUGAAAACAAAAAUAUAUAAACAUCUUAUUAUUGUAGAACUAAAAACUCUCAUCGCGUAACGAUUUGGUAUUUCUGAAAGAAAAUAUCAAAAUAUAAAAGCUUUCAGGUUUUAAAUAAUAAUCUACAAGAAAAACUAUUUAAAAAAAAAUAUCGAUAUUUUAUUUGAUUUUAUCACACAACGAUAAUAAAAAUUUCCGAGUAUACACAGUUUAAAACAAAUGAGGUAUCAAUUAAAUUGAAGUUAACCUGAAAUUGGUGUACGUUAUAAAAUCAAAGAACAACUUCCUCCAUAAGCAACUAGAUCUAAAAUGCAACAAAAAAGGUCUUUUGUCAUUUUUUAAAUAAAGCAAUACCUAUUUCUCGUAUAAAUCAAAAAUUAUAAAAACAUAGCCAUGAAAUCUUUUUCCCACUUUUUACCAAUUACUGUGAAAACCACUAGGAGAAUUAAAAAUGACCUUCCUAAAGUACAUUCUCGGUCAAGUUUCCUUUUAGAAAAAGUGCUAUCAUUAUAAAUCGGAGGAAAAUUGCUUGUAUGAAAGUUGUUCACAGGAAAAAAAAACCGUAAUAUUUUAAUAAUUUAUUUUAUACAUUUUCCAAUAUUUCUUCCGUUUUUUUUCAGUUUUACACAUUUGAUGAGAAAAUUUCUGGAAAAAUCUAAAAAUGACCUUCUUUAGGAACCUCCCCAAACUGAUAUCCUUUCAGAAAAGAUGCGACAUCUAUUUAUCAUUUAGUAAUAUUUCGUGAUAUGAAAUUACGAAUACUUUUAUAUAUAUUACAUUAAAAUAUUUUAUUGUUUAGUAUUUUACUAGUAAAAUAAUUUUAUAUAAAAAAAAUAAAUAUAUUUUGUGAAAGCAGUGGGACUCGGAGACCGGCCCCCUUAAUCCGAUUAAGGUCGGUGGGUAGGUGUUAUCCCCACAGGGUGUACCCCAGUAAUUUAAAAAAGGUUCGGCGCCACUGUCAACAAACGUAAAAUAUAUUUCUAUUGAUUUGUAAAGAAAUUAUUAUUAGUAGUAAUACCUAAUUCCACUUAAGUGUAAUGUAGUAGAGCACCACUUUUGAUUAUUGCGCGAUCACGUGAUUAGUUUAAAAAUAUUGACGUUCUGAACCUCGUGAUUUUCUGACAACAUUCGACAUAUUUAAGAAAAAAAAUACGUGUAUUAAAUUCAAAUCUCCAAUAUCGUUUUACAAUAAGUAUAUAUUCAAUAUCAUAUAAUAUUAUAUUGAUGUAUUUAAACUGGAACGUAGUUUUUAGAAUUAUUAUUAAGUAGGUAUUUUUAACAAAACCGAAAUGCCUAAAUACAUACAAUAAUGAUUCGUAAAAUUCAAUUUCCGCAUUUUUUCGAUGAUAUUAGAAUAAUCACCAUCAAUUACGUUAGAAUGUAUGCGAGAAACUAUAAUAUUCUGUAGAAAAAAAAAUAAACUCAAAAAAGAUACCGGACGUCGGGCCACCUUCAUGUGCAGACCGUUGUUUAUGAUCCAAGACGAUUUCAGUGUGUUAUUAAUAAAAUAAUUCCGCAUUGUUUCGAGUAAUGGUAUGAAUCAUCGUGUUGGAAAAACGACUUCGAACCGAAAAUAAUUUAUACAGUCGACACCACCGUAAUCGUUAAAGUUUCUAAAAAACAUAAAUCAUUGCAUUCAUAAUAUUAUAAUACCGUAAGACGAACAAAUAUUUUUCAAAAUGAUUUCUGUCGUCACCUUAAAAUGCGAGUACCUUUCGCUGAUUAAACCGUUCUAACAGUCGUAAGCCCUCGUCACACCCGCAGGCCCCGACAGCGUAUUAAUUCAACGGACUUAGCGCUUUUUCGGACAAAGGUUUACGACAACCAACUCUUUGGAAAUUCUCAAGACCCCCGGAAUCGGGGAAUCGGUGUUUGUUCAAUAGUAACUAUUGUAAUAUUGUAAUAAACGGAUUAUACAGGAUUUUUCCAGUGAGUGGAAUACAUGGGUACAUUAUCAUUCUGGGGUCCCUUUCGACAUCAGGUCGAUUCAAAUUCAAAAUGCCAUGUUUUAUUGUAAUCGUGCGGAAACGUGAUAUUGUGUUGUUAACAAUUUCAAAUAGCUUUGUCUUGGGGUCUUCAAGCACAUCCCAUUCGCUCGUUCAUAUUAAAAAUUAAUUGGAAAUAAUCUUCGAUUUGUUAGGCAAAAUUACCAUUGGAUACAUCAGAGGAGACAAAUUAUUUUUACAAUCAUAAGUGAACCCGACAGCAAUGGUUUAUGGUUUGGAGUGCAGUGAUACCUCGCUGAGAAUACUGAGACACCAUCAAAGCUUUGUAAAAAAUUCAAUAUCCUAAUCAGAAGAUCAGCAUAAUAUUAUAUUUCCACGAUUGAAAUGUACUAAUCACAAACGCGAAAUGCGUUUCCAAGUGCAAAACGAAUACCAGAAUGCUUUUAUACCACAGGCCGAUACUGUGAUGCUCUCGUCGAGCGAUAUUCACGUCAAAUAUCUUUUCUCAUGUUUUGCAGUAUGUGGUUACUAAGAUAUUAGGACAACGAAUUAAUACAAAUUAAAUAUGUUUACUGAAUUUCUUGGAUUUCUUAUGAUAAUAUAAUAAUGUGCACUGUUUAUGCAAUACAGACUCGAUUUAAAAUAUAAAUACGGCUCUUUGUAUUUAUAAAGAUGCAAAUCAUAUUACUGGCUGAGUAAAACAGCGACUACUUUGUAUAUUAUUUAUUACACACUAUCGUGUGGUAUUGAAAACAGUGGCGAUUGUUUCUAGGUUUUUUUCCUUUUCCUUUCGUUUUUUUUUAUUCAUUCUAAUCCAAUAUUCGAGUUCACGAGCCCGCUUCCGAUUCUCACAACUCUCGGUGAAAAGGAGUCAUAUAUAUAUAUAUACUGUAGCCCUCAGACACACUAUAUUCUUGUCAUGCAUUACUAACCGGCAAUCUAGUAUAGGUUUCGUGAUUUAUUAUUGAUAGCGAAUUUAAAAUUCAAUCCAAAAGGGAAGCGCCAGUAAAAAGAGCAGUUCUGUCGUCUGAUAAAACCGCAAACGGUAAUAAUUUAGCCGACAUACAGCCAUACGGCAUGUAUGUACCGCUAGCAGUUUUAUGGCGCAAAAAGGUUCCGGGCGUUGAAGGGUUCAAAUCAUGAUUGUGAAACAUCGGCGGUUGCCGAAAACAAACUACAUCAACAAAGAGAAAACCAUAACGCGCUAAAUUAUCGAGGUUCCGAAUAUAUCCAUAUUAAUACAAAUUCAAAUCUUUUUUCCAGUAUAUUGACUUCUUAUUUCUUUAACUUCUUACCACCGUUUUUCUCAUUUUCAUUGUAUCUCGCCCCAGUGGCGUCAGCUAUACCUACUCUUAUUUUCGUUUUAUACACAUCCAUGUACCCAUCUCCAUUUUUUUGUCUCCUCCUAGGUAUCAUCUUACCCUGGUAAUCUCUAAACUCUAUUGUGUAUAAUAAAAUUGUUCCGUUGGUCGUAAUAAUAUUAUGUUUGCAAAUUAAUUUACGUAAGUACGCAUGAAAACGAAACGACGCGACGACGACAGAUGGUGAAAAUCAUUUAACGUUUGACAUUUUCAAACGCUCUAAACAAAAUAAUUUAUGAAGUAAAAAACAAAACUACGUAUUAACGCACGCACGCACUAAGAGGACAUACACCAAAUUUUCACCAUGUAUACCAUGUCACCUAUACACGAUGACAGAUUAGAUAACUCAUAAUCGAAUAUUAAUUUUUUUAUUUUUCGAACUUCGUCUAAUGUUUAUGCUGUAAUCGAUAAAUCGCUGUCAUUUAAUGUCCCAUCAUUAUUACAAACGUCCGUGAAGUUUGUUAUCAAAGUUUUCGAUUGACUGUAGUAACACGUGCAUAUGUGGUAUAAGACUUAAACAUUUCAUUCGACACGAAACUAUUAUUUAACACACACAUAUUAAUCAUUACAAAUAAAGCAUUAUAUAUCUUUGGUAUGAUAAAACGAAACUUCCGAAUUCAACGAUCCACUAACCUUCAAAUGUCUAUAUACGAGGUGUGGCUAUUAAAUAACGAGACUGGUUACGAAAAAAUGUUUUAUUAUAAGAGUUAUUCUACAUUCAAAAGCUCCCCUUCAAUAUACUCCCCUCCCCUCGCCACACACCGUUUCAUUCGUUUCUUCCAUUGCUCGAGGCAGUGCUGGAAGUCUGUUUUCGUAAGACCAUUCAGGAGUUCCGCCGAUUUUUGUUUCACCUCUUCCAUCGACUCAAACCGGAUUCCUUUUAAGGCAGACUUUAUCUUCGGAAACAAGUAAAAGUCGCAGGGUGNCUGGUGCAAGAUCCACGACUUGUUUUUCCACAAUAUCGACCGUUUCUUACGAACUCAUUCGCGCAAUGUUGCCAAAACUGUCAAAUAGUAAUGUUGGUUCACAGUUUGACCCUCUGGAACCCAUUCAGUCAUCACGAUGCCGUUGAUAUCGAAGAAAACGGUUUUGAAUUUGGAUUACGACUGAAUUGGAUUCCGGUGCACUCUCGACCUUCAGAAAAUAAUUUAUGCCACUCAAAAACACGCGCCCGAGAUAGAAAAUUCUCACUAUAGGCCUCUUUUAACAACUUAUAGCACUCAGUUGGAGGUAUUUUUUAGUUUAACGAGAAAAUUUUACGUUUAUCCGUUGCUCAUGUUUUUCGUCGCACAUGGUUUUCGGCAUGAGAAAAAAACACGUUCGUUUCAAACCACUACUGCAUAAAUACUAUAAUAGUGACGAAAACGUAUUUUGGUACGUGCAUAGAUAAGAUAUCUAGAUACCCAACGUAUUACUCGUUUUUUUUCACUACCCAUCUAGGGCGCCCUCUAGGCGAGCAGUCUCGUUAUUUAAUAGCCACACCUCGUACUACACUUAUCCGUUAAACUCUUGAAUAUAAUUCUAUAAAUUGGGAUAAUAACAGCAUUGGCCAUUGUGAUCAACUUUAAAGGGUACGAAACCAAGUCGUCUGAUAUAUAUGUUUUAAAUCUAAUAUCCCAAGAAGCUCCCACUCUGGAUAUGAAAAUAUUUUUAAAAUUUUAAACUUAGAAUCUCUUAAAACACGGAGAAAUAAUACCUAUAGCUCCUUAAUUUUUAAAUUAUUUAAUAACAAAAUCGAUGAUUUAUUUCUACCAGAUAAAUUUUAAAAUAAAUACGCAUAAAUUCCGCAAUAAUCAAUUAUUUUAUAUACCUCAUUACUCUCAAAGUUAUAUGUUAAACGACCCCUUUAAUAUUUUAAUGUCUUUCGGUAAUAAUCAAAUUAUCGAUAAUUUAUUCAAGUGAUCAUUGUAUUAAUAUAGACUCCAAAUUUAUUACUUUACCUUCUUAAUUAUUAGUUUAUGUUAUUCAGCUUCUACCCUUCUACUCCUAAUUUUUAAUGUUUUUGCCUAUUUAAUUAAUAAUUUAUCCCAUUAUUUAUUCAAAUUCGUAUUAAUAGGGAAGUUUAUUAAAUGUUUAAGUAUUAUUAUGUUACUACUAUAAUCAUUAUUAUUAUAUUGUAAAUCGGAAAAUGUCCGUAUCAAUUAUAAAUAAAUAAACUCAAUAAGUCAAUCGCGAAGGGUAGAACAGUAUUUUCGAUACAAUUGUAUUGCAAUACAAUUUUGGAACGCAUUGAAGAACUUGUAUUGUGAUACUGAAAUAAAUCUAAUAUCAAAUAUCUAGAUACCUAAAUAUUUGGCCAUCUUGCCCAUAAGCGCCUGAAAGAGAGGCAAAAUGAAUAACUCCUCUCUAGGUUUUAGGAAAAAUACAAUAAAAUUGAUAAGUACUUGUACGUCAAAUGGAGGAAUUGUUAAGAAUUUUGAAAAAUGUUUCGAAUAAAUAACCACCGACCGCAUCUUUAAAUAUAGCACUGCAUGCGAAAAAAAUUAAUUGAUAUUUUAAUUUUAAUGUAUCGAGUAUUCAAAUAUACAAAAUAUAACUAUUCGGUUUAUACGCAAAUAAAAAAAAAAUAUUAUUAUUAACUUACAGCAUCUUUCACCGAUUUUACGAAUUGAUAGGUACUCGUCCACAACUCAUAACAUUUUCAUAAUAUUUAGGCAUUCAGUUUUACGUAAGAUCGAUUUCAUCGAGUAGAUGUUUGCGACAUGUACAAUGGGAAACAUUUUUUACAAAUUGAUUAUACUUAAAAAUCAUUUUUAUUUUCGUUUGCCGUCAAAGUUUAAUUGUUAUAUAAACUAAACGUUUGAGAAGAAACAAAAAUAUUACAUUACAUACCAUUUUAUACAAUCUAUAAAACACAACAAAUAAAAAAUAAAACCAUGUUCAAACUUAACGCACCAAGUUUAACAGCUCAAAUAAAAAGUUCAGAUUUGAUUGUUUUUUUUCUUCUACGAUAGUUUCGUUCACCAAAUUAUUUUAAUUGUAUACGAGUAACACAUAAACUGUUGCAAACAAAAUUCAAAGUUUAUACUAUAAUAGCACAGCGAUAUUUAAAAGUUGGUUUUUUUUUAUUUGAUAAAUAAUAAUAACCAUCAAACACUGAAUUAAUUAAAAACAGAGGUCGUGUCGGUUAUAAGGUUUAAAAUAAUACCCGUAGAUUUUCUCAAGGAUUAUAUUUUCACAUCAAUCCUAACAAUUUAAGAAAAUCAAAUAAAUAAUAAACCGAUAUUUAUAGUAUGUACCUUCAGUCGUUUGCCUGUAUUUAAACGUUUAAUUUUCGCAACGGUUAAUUUCGUUUUGGAAAAUAUGCUGUCUCUGAGGAUUCUCACGAUACUUAUAGUUAGGGCGGAAUCAAACCCUAUGACCAUCUUAAGAACUUUAUUCAAGUAAUAUUUAAUAUCUAUUUACGGUUAUUCAGUGGCGUGGCGAACUAAUUUUAUUGAUUGGAUCAAUUAUUUUUUUUAUACAAUACCCACUGCAGGUGAUAAAUAUCGGAUACAGAAACAGAAUUAAGCAAAUAAAAAUAAAAAUUAUUAUUAUUAUAAAUAGGCAGUUUUUUUGUUCUAUGGUCAUCAUAGUGGAUAUCUAUAAAUUCGCAACAAUUUAUAACAAACGGUAAAUUAAUUAUUUUAGAUAAAUGCAACAAACACCUACCAUAUGAACUAUGAAAUUACAAAAUUACAUUAUUAACGUAAAAAUAAAAAUCAGUUCCUCAGUUCCUACUGCCCAUCACAGUGAUACAUGUCCUAUAGGGUGGUGACCCUACCCUACAUAAUAUUAUAAUAAUAUGAACUACUUAAAUCGUUAAGAAAUGAGUAACUAAACGGUUUUAAAAGUGCAUUAUUUUUAUACAAUUAACAAUCAGAAAACGUGUUUUUUAUUCAAAUAAGGAAAAGAAAGGGUCUGGAUUAAGUUCCGUUAGCGGCUGAUAAGUUAAUUAGAGGUUCUUUACGAUAUCUUAAACUUGCACUUAUUAAAAGCGCGCGUAUUGUUUAUUAAGAUGUUUAUCACAUUUUUCACUUCAAGUUCGUGUACAGUCCAAUUUACAACUGAUUAAUGUAAAAGUUUAAACGACGCAUUUACAAGCGGAAAAACAAAAAAAAAAACUCUAUAUACCUUUGCAGUGAUCGUUAUUAAAAGUAAAUAGAAAAAAUUCCCAUAAAUAAAUAUCCGCAGUAUGGGUUUGUCAUUGAACCGUUUGUAUGGAAUUUUAAUGUAUGAUGCCUAUAAAACUUCGAACAAAUUAUUCUUCUUCCCAUUCGUUUUAAUCUCACUAUCUCACUCAAGUGAUAUCAGAAACUGUUACGUACUGGCUUUCAAUAUUACCAUCUUUUUUUAUUUACCUACCCUAAAUGUCUUCUUAUCUCUAUAACUUUUCCUAUGACUAGCGUCCUUUCCGAUCUUUCAUCCACCAAAACGUUCUCAUUUUGUCCAUGUUUCUUCUCAUAUCAAUUUCAUUUAAAUUCUAGCACUUAGAUCCAUACAAUAUCGCCGUAGGCUUCACAACUAUUACUUUAUACAAUCAUUUACCUUUUACUCUUUUUGUAUGGCAGCUUUUUAUCACAUAACAAUCGCGUCGCUCUUACCUUCACAUCAUCCAGUAACCAGCCAACGUUCGAGCAAAGUACUUUACAAUUUAAAAGAUAACUUCAGUUUAUAAGACUCUUGAGGCAUGCAUAUUUUUUUUUUUUUUUUUUUUUUAAUUUUAAUUAUAACACAUACAAUCUGUAAAUACACUUUUUAGAAUAAGCAUGUUUGAGGAAUUAUGAAAAAAAAAAAAUAAAAAUAAAAAUAAAAAAGGCGAGAUCGACAUGAAGAAGUAAUCACCCAACGGCAACACUUACUGGCUAUAGAGGGCUAUUAUAGGUCACGGUUCCAGUUACGCUUUAACCUUCUAGGUGGAUUACCUGGAAUGGAAUUGGAGUUUAGGGCACGGAUUAAUAGAUUACAGUGGUUUGUAAGACGCGCGCGGAAAAUUCUAUAGGCAUUUUUGACUUCUUCAUGGACAAAAUAGAGGCAUGCAUAUAAAAUUAUUAUGCGCAAUGUAGCCAUCCUGUACAUGAAUACAAUAAAAAAAUAAAAUAAAAAAAUUACCUACAGCAUUGUGACGCCCAAACGGCCAUUUAAAGACCAAAAAGUCGUAAUUUUUUUAGGAUAAUCAGUAAAACUCUGAACCGUCUACCCUAUUGCAUUGUAAAAUCAGUUCAAACGAUAAGUUUUAAUUGAGUUGAAGAUUUCGGUCGUAACAGCACAGUUCUCAACCGACCGAAAUAUUAUAUAGGUGCUUAUUUUAAUUAAUUUUGGUUUUAAUUCUAACGGCAUUGAAGUCGUAUAAUAUUACUACGUCCUUCCAAAAACAAAUUAAAUUUUAGGUAUUUGCUUAUUGUUUUUAUUAGUGGUAAUUUUCGAAGUUAUUACAAUAUACAAGAACAAAAAAACUUUUCAUUCACGCUGAAGGUCGAAAUGGUUGGUCCCGGUUUAUCGUUUCGCGUUUUGACUAGGAAAUGAAUUUGUGAACAAUUUAUAAGUCGCCAAUUUGUGUUUAUUUUUUAUUUUUUGUCUCAGAUAUUAACAAUAAACUUGUGUGUAUUUUAUUGUAGACAUAAAUAAAUAUUUUACUUAUACUAUGUUGUGGUAGAGUAAAUUACACUACCACAAUGGGUGAAAAGCAUGGAUCAAAAAGAAAAAAAUAACAUUACAAAGAGAUAAGAUACCUAUAGCUCAGAUUUAAGAUCGAUAAUUCAUGUACAAUGUACAUGUACGGAUUUUAUGGACUGUAAAUGUUGUAAACCAACGAGUACAAUGCAAGUUUAAUGUCUAAUAAUAAUAUUUUAUAACAACUUUAGUGGUCGGGACAAACUAAAAAAUCUGCAAUGAUGGCGCCUCGGCAUCUUAUUCGGCAAAAUCACCGUACCUAUACGUGCAUUCGGAACGUUAUAAAUAAAAAAAAAAAGACAAUUAACGCAUUAGCUAGAAUAUCAAAUUAUAUGAAUCUUUUUCAACUUUUUCGAAUUAAGAAAUAAUUUAAAUCACAACGAAUAAGUUACGCGCAUGAUAAUUAUAUUUUACAUGAAAUAGGUUCACGUUAUUGAAUUUAAGGUAUUUUUUAAUUGCUGUAGUAUACAAGGUAUAUUUUUUAUUAAAAGCAUAAACUACAUUGUAUGCCGUUAGAGAUCGAAGGUUAAAAAUUUCAUGUCUUGAAGUUGAAAUGGAUGUCCAUAAGAUGCUGUUUAUUCGUGCGUAUACAUGGUGUUUUUUUAUCAUGGGUAAUUUAUUACCCUUACCUACUACUCCAAUCUAAACAUUAAAAUAGUAUAGCUCAUAAACGUUAAAUCUGAUAUUAGUGUUAUGCAUAUCAAUAUUUAUAAACAAAUAUUUUUUAUUCAAAUCUGCGUUCGAAGGGAGACGGGGAUUCCUAUUUGAAAACCAAAAGUAUGCACUUAUUUGAAGUAUAUGGAGUAGGGGUAAAAAAUGAAAAAUGGUUUUAAAAUAAAGCUUAAACGAUUCCAUAAAGAUUAGAAAAAAAAAAAUUAAAUUCACUUAAAAUCAUCUGAGAUAAUUUCUGGUUCAUGAUAAAGAAAUCACCAUGUACAUUUCUGUAAUCGAAUGAAAUCCCUCUUUCAUUCUCAAAUAAGUAAGGCCUAAUCACCAAUCUCAUGAUGAUGAUAUGAUGCAGCACACUAAACUGUCACUAAGGUUAGGUUAUGUUACUAGCUGUCACUGUCUAAAAUGUGAUGGUCGUUGAUGAAAUUCACUAUAGGGUUUUGAAGUGCCAAACCGACCAUUUUGCUUGUUUACAUAUAACCCUUGAUAUGGAAAUAUGUCUUGUUCGACACUAAAAGUUUGUCAACAAAACGCCUUAACGACACCUGCACGUUGUGAACCAACCUACUGCUCAGCAAUUACUAGAGGCAACAAUUUUAGGCAUGUAUUUAAAAUACACAUGCAUACAAAGUUCGUGCAUCUGUUAAAUAUGAAUAAUAAUAUAAUGUUUUCCAUAAACAGAUAUUUUAAUUUUUUUUUUUUUUGUUUGAGCCGUUUAUUUCACGCAAGUUUCAAGUUUUCCAACAAAACUGUCAGGUAAAUAAAAACUUAAAUUGUUACUUUUUAUCGACUUUUUAUACAUACACACACACAAACAUAUACACAUAUAAAACUAGAAGCUACCAAUACACAGGUCGUAUUAUUAUUAAACAAAAAGAUAAUCGCAUAGAAAAACCAAAUGUUUAGUAGCUGCAUACUAUUUAUGUAAACAUCGCGUGUAAAAAAAUGAAGUUAAAACAACAUACGUAUAUGUAUGUAUGUAUGUAGAUUGUAGGUAUACAUAUAUGACAUGACGACUGAUUUACUCGUAGUUAUACUUUUUGACGGGUUAAAAAAAAUUGCGAACAAAAAUAAAACGGUUUUGAAACGAAUAGUAAUAAUUAUAUGUAGGCACAGGCCUUAUUAAAUAAAAUGAAUCGCGUGUUUAUAAUUGCGUUGAGUAAUCGUAGCAAUAUUUCACAAACAGACGACCAAAAACCGAAUUUGAAUGUUUCGACUACAUAUCCGUCUACAGCUAUGUGUCCCGAUCUCUUUGAGACGACUUCGGAAUAAUUAGAGAAUUUCAAAUAUAUCGCGGGCAACCUAAAUUUAUUGAUGAUCUGUUUUAUUUUUAUUUUUAGUAAUCGAUGAAAACACUUAAUAGGUGGAUAUACUAUGGAAAUAAUACAUCGGUCGGAAGACAUUACAACGAUAAACCACAAUAUUCUCAACUGUGAAGAUUUCGUAUAAAAGAAAACAAAAUCCAUAGCCGAUGGACUACCGUCCGUAGGAUAGUAGGAACCACUAUCCAACGAGCACUCUAUAAGUGAAAUCUAAAAAUGAUUUAAAACAUUAAAAUUCCGUAAAACACAAACUAAGAUAGAAAUAGAUAGAAAUAAACAGGUCUGGAAACACGAGUAGAAGAAAUGGUCCUAACAUUUUUCUGUUUGUAAAAUGAUGAUUGUAACUGUUACCUGGUGGUGGUUUAUAAGUACUGCCCUAUAUUUUAUAUGAUACCAUGUUGUAUUAUUAUCAUGUUUAAUAACUACCGGUUUUUUUUCUCUGUGUGUGGAUUAGUUUGAUUUUUGAUUUUCUAUUUGGAUAGCGCUACAUAUCCAUUACGCGUAUAUCUUUUUAAACAUUUUUUGAAGUCCAUUAAUAAAGUCUCCGUUUCCAGCCCUGCGUAUCUUAACCCUUGCCCUAAAAUGUGACCCUUGGUUUUGACUGUUUCGAGUCAUUGCGAUAGCUGAUAAAAAAAAUGAGAAAAUCGUAAACGCGUAAUAUACUACAGAAUUAAAUGUCUGUUUAAUAGUGUAGUAUGUUAUAAACAUGCGCUAAACAUUAAUUUCAAGGGAUAAGCGCGCAAAAUAUUUAUAUAAUACUGGUAGGUACCACUAUAUAUUAUAAUAUGGUUUUCCUAGUGGCCAUUUCGGUUUGCUCGGUUUGCAUGCGAAUAUUCAAGUGCGAAAUGUUGUUGCUGGAGCAAACUUGGUGCCAGACGUUAUCAAUAAUGAAAGUGUAUUCACGCGAACGUGCCAAAUAAUAUGCGUAGUAUUUGUAUUAUUACUAUACUGCAGCGGCGACAAUGACGGGGACAAAAGUAAAUGGUUAUUUUUUUUAUUAUUAUUUAUUUGAUUACAUACGCAAACAAAAUUAUGUUUUGUUUUAUCUUUACAUAAAAAAUUAAUUUCAUGUAGCUAUAAAUCGUUUGUGAAGUAAUAAUAUAAUUGAGGCGUUGUAGUGUAUCAACUGCGUUGUAUUAUUAUUAAUUCACAUAUAUUUCGUUCUUCACGUUUUAUUUUAUACAUACAGAAUCAUCCUAGUCAAUUGAAAAUUCAUAUCAUGAAAUACUGUUUUAAAUCGAUUUUCGAAAACUUAAUUGUUCAAAGUCAGGGACUGGUACUUCGGAAUUUUUUAGUUCUAGUUCCGGUUCCGGUAGUCAAUUACUUUACUUAAAAUUUUUGGUUACGGUUCAGGUUUUUGAAAAAUAUGAUUAAACAUUUUAUUCGUUAAACUUACACUUAUAAUAUUUUGUUAAUACUCCGCUCAAAUAACUUGUUUGUGAAUUUAAUCAGAAAUUUGAAAAAUUCACAUAAUUGAACAUUUUAAUUAUAUCUACGUAGCUAUAAUACUCAGCUGAAAUGGCUGACACCAGAGAAAUAGAGAAAAGAAUAAAAUUUGUAACUAAUGCACAGUUUUAUGCAAGAAAAUCGCGGGACGAUGAAUGGACAAAGAUACAUAUUAUAAAUAAAGAUUUUGUCAUUAAACCCGGCCAGAAUAUGGAAGACAUAUCAUUACCAAGAUAAAAAAUGGACAAAUAAUUGGAUUAGGGCUGAUACAGCCUAUAUGCCUUUUACAGCAUAUUUUAAAGAAUCAUUUGGUAAUUUAUAUGUCAUAACUGCAUAUGUUAACCUAAACUUAUACAUAAUUAAUAUGUUUUUAGUGUAUAUUUCUGUCGGCCCUAAUAAUAAAUAAUAUUUCGUUUUUCAGAAUAUUACGAUAAAUAACUGUACCGAUGAGCUGUCGGUUUUUUCGUUGCGAGUUUUAUUUUUACCCACAUAGUUGGAUUGUUGAAUACAAUGUUUAGAAAAAUAUUUAUUUUUAUUAUAGUAUAUACGUAUUGUAAUAGGUACGAGGCCAAAAACAUUGUUAUUUUAUAUUUUAUUAUUAUUUUAACCAUAAUAUAUUCCGUAUAGCGUAAAAUAUAUACAUAGGUAUAGACAUUUUGUAUACAGCGAAUAAUACAGUCCGUAGCAAGUGUUGCGCCCGAGUGUACUUAUUGUAUCUAUGUUUAAAUUUUCUAAUAUUUGAAAUAUUUGAAUACCGAAUACAUUCAGUUGUAAUAUUGUUUCGUCUAAGUGGCCUUAUGCCACGUUACAUUCGGUCGUUUCGAGGGCGAAUGUCGAACUCUUAAUCGAAAGUAAGCUUCGAUUUCGAUUUGUUAUGCAAAACCAUGUCGGGUAGGCUUUUAUUUAGUGUGCAGUUUGUUAAUGCAGCGACCGUACCGAAAAAAUGCAAAUGACAUAUAAACUAAUAAAUAGUAAUAUUGUAUACACAUAUACCUACUAUAUAACAUUAUAAAUAUUGUUAUUUUCACUUGGAAGCAUGUGUAAAACUUGUGAUGUGAAAAUCACUGGCUAAAAGGCUUUUUGGACUACAGAGGGUCCAUUUUAUGUAAGGGUACACCCUGUGAUGAAUUCCUAGAUUCACCUAUGGUGGCGGGUAUAUUACACUUCUGAAGAGGGCGAAGUUAAAAUCCACAGUAAUAAUAUGAUAUAAUUAAAUAUUGAGUUGUAUAUAAUAAUAUAUAUAUAUACCCAGAGGAGGAUGGAGCGAUCUACGAAUAUUUCGAUAUCCGCUACCGAUAUAAUAGAUCAAACUAAAUCGAAUUUGACUAUUAAUGUAAAAAUAAUGUUUGUGUUUUAAAAUCAAAAUCAGAAAACAAUUAAAUCGAUAUUCUACAUCAAUUUAAAAAUCACAAAAUCAUGAAAUCGAUAUAUUAUUUUUAAAUUGAAAUAAACAAAAAUUAAUUUUUAUAAAAUAAAUCAAAAUUAAAAUAUAUCAUUUUUUUUUUGAUUUCAAGUCUUGGACUUGCAAAGAAGAUAAUAUUAUUUCGAUAUAAUUAAAAAAAUAAUACGCGAGUUCAAGCUCAAAAAUCGAAAAUACUUUUCAAGAUUGUGUCUACGGAGUAAAAAUUUCCUCUGUUGGCUGCAUACCGUUUAUAUCGAAUACGAUAAGAGUUUAAAGCGAAUUUAUGUACGCGUUUAAGUAUAUAUUUGUAUACGUAUAAUUUAUGCACAUUUAAAGUCACGAGAGAUUUUGUCGAGAUGUAUUCUCAUUAUCGUCAUUCAUCUGUAUGAGAAUGCAUUACAUAAUAUUAUUUCUAUAUAUACGGAUAAGUUUACAAAAAAACAACAACAUGUGGAGAUAUCGUUUUCACACUUUAUCCUGAAAAGAAAAAAAAUGAACAAACUACGGUGAUUUGCGUUAGUUUUUUCUCACGGUAUCAUCGUUCCCGGGACAAAAACCGUGAAAGCCACACUUCGAUUCGUAUUUUCCUGUCGUCGGUACACAACCCUUCCGAAAUUUUUCACUUUCCCCUACGAAAAUCAUGCGCCACCCAGAGCAGUGUUUUCGACUCGACAUAACGUCGUCUCGAGAUCAACGAAUAAUAACAAAAACGGAAUCUUAAAUAUAUGAAACGAAUCCCAACCCUCCCCCUCGCUUUUCAAUAUUGUUUUGAUGGUAGGCGAACAAAGACGCCGUCAACGCCGUUAUCAUUAUGCACACGACAUGCCCCGCCGUGUAUAAUAUAAAAAAUAUUAUAGCGCAGGGCACUAAAAGCGCGUUAAUGGUGAAGACGUGUUUCGGUUUCGAUAUUGUGAUAAAUUCCGUGUACUCAACACACCGACGGCAGUUCUUAUACAAUAUUAUGAACGAUCGCUUUGAUGGCUCGUUUUCUCCGGUACUUCCGUAGCUCGUAUAUAAUACGAUAUAUAAUGGUGAGCAACACGCACCGAUGACACUGAUCCGCAUAAUUUUACUCAUGCCACAAACCCGCAAUGGUGAAGGUUAUACUUGAAGUGUAAAAUGGGAGGGCGAAAACAGUUAAAUUUCCCGAAUUUUACAAAAUUCUCUUUUACGGCCAGAACAUUUUUUUUUUUUUUUUUUUAUAAAAGAAACGCUUAAAUAAAUAGUGUCGUUAAAACAGAUCAAUUUUAAAAUAUUUAGAUAAAAAUAAGAGAUAAUUGCUGAAGUAAUGCCCCAGGUGAUUAGGUGAAAUCUACCUACAAUUAAACUAUCUAGAUAAAUAUAAAUGAUAAGGAACGUUUUAUCUAGACAAAAAAUAAAUAUUAAUUUCCUUUCAUAAAACUUAGUGCUAAAAUUCUAAAAGUUUUUAAAAGUGUACCAGAUCUGAUAAACAUAUAAGAGAGCUCGGCAAAUUGACGUAUGAGGCAAAUUGAUUGUUUCGGUUUUAAAUAUUUGUUACGACCUCAAGUGGUGAUUUUUAGGUUAAUUAGAAAUAUAUGGAUGGUAUGAUGUAAAUAAUAUCUGUAUAAAUUAUUAUCUGAGAGUAUGUGAACUUCUGUUAUCAUUCGUUUAUUUUUCGCAUUAACAUAAAAAUUUUAGGCCCACACUCAAUAAAUCUUCUGUAAUAAACCAAAUAAAUAAUAAAAUGUUAAAGCAAAAACAAAAUUAUUAAAAUAGUUGGUACUCGUAAAAAAAUAUAGUAAAUAAAUAUAAAUAAAUAUAGAAAUAAAAAAAUGUAAAUAUAUACAUAAAAAAUAAAAAUAAAUGAAUAAAUGUGUCGCCUAGAGUAUUAUAAGUGUAUUAUACGACCGGUUUCGAAUUCAAAAUUCACCAUAAGGUAUAUCACAGUUAAAAUGUAAAACACGACAAAUUAAGUUAGGAUAGGGUUUUACAUUUUUGAACCCUGUGAUAUACUUAAUGAUAAUUUUUUAAUUCGAAACCAGUCGUAUAAUACACCUAUCAUAAGAUAAAAGAUAAAAAUAUACGUAUCUAGAUAAACAUUGCUUAUAAGUACCGGUGUAUCAGUGAUAAUUGAUCCCGUGAUAUUUUACACCCUCGGUUAACUAUUAGAAGGUCGAUAAUCACUAGUGAAAUAUCUUUAUGUAUUACCAUAAGUCAAUUUUGGUGAUAGAAGAAAAUAGAAAAUCUAUUUUUUUCAUAAACUAGUAAACUACCAAUACGAAAUAGAGUUAUAAUAUUUACUACCUAUGUUAUUUUACUACAGUGAAAACAUUUCAAAAAAGCUACGGGGGUCGAUCCAUAUAGAGUAUAGAACCACUGCCAUAUUCCAUUUACCCAAUUCUAUUCUUCCGGAGAGACAGACAAAUGGUGAAAAGAAAAAGAAACCAUAUUUCGGUACCUUUAACUUCAAAGUUAAAAACAAUACGGUUAAUAUUUUUGCGAAUACUCACUAUUCUUGUUUUGUAAUUCAAUAAAAUACAAUCGUUGACUUGUUAACAGUGCUAUUACAUAACAGACUCUUAUACUUCGUUGUAUUUGUAUAAUCGUAUAUUUUUUUAAUAAAAUAAAAACGAAACAAAAAGCUGAUACGACUGAUGGGUAUUCCACUGUUGUAGGUGGAAAAUGGGAAAUAGUAGGAUACAUAAAGUGAUAAUUUAUAAUUGUACGCAACGAUUAUUCGUUGCUGAUGAAAUACAAUUUUGAGUGAAGUUCAGAUAAAUAUGUUUUGAAAUACCAAAAUUGUCAUUACUCGGCAUUUGUUUUUUCCAACCACUAAGUUAAACUUAUAAUGAAUCCCGUUUUGAAUGUCUAAGCAUUUAUAUAAGGUCAAACAAUUUUAACCUAACGUAAUCCAUUCCAAUAUUUAAAUAUUGGAAUAACCUUGAAUGUAAUGUGUUUUUAUUUAGCGUUCGAUAAAAAACAAAUACAAAUACAAACAGUUAUUAAGGGAAAUAGUUCUCAAAAAAAAAAAAAACCAAUACCAUCAAUUUAACGCAUAAAUACUCGUAGCAUCAAACGACGCUCAUUGAUUGUGAUUAUAUAAUAAUAUUACAGGAAAUAUUAUCGUUUUUACGUUUGUAGAAUAAUAACAAUAAUAAUAGUCGUAAAAAUAAUGAUAUUGUUUAUAGGAAUAAGUUCUGUAACUUAUUAUAGCUCGGAACGUUCGAAGUAGCAAAACGUUAUAAUUGGAGAAAUUGUUUUAUACUUUUAAAUCAAUAGCAAUCAGAUUUAACGCAUAUACGACAAUAUAGUUAGAUAUAUACAUAUUUAUAUAUUAUAUAGGCAAUAACAAUAUUGUACGAGUAUAAUAGCGAAGCACAUUCAUUUGAAGUAUUAUAUUUUACGAGAUAUGAAUUUUUACUCUGUUUUUAUUUUUUAAUUUUCUUAUCACUCGACUUCACGUCAUUUUUAAAUCGUCAGACAAAUUUGACAAUAAUAAAAAAAUAUAUUUAUUAGUUCAAUCGAGAAAAAAGAAAUCAGUGAGAUUUGCAGUAGGCAAAUAAACAAAGCUGGACAAGUUAACUUGUUUAAAUUAAGUGUUCAUAUAAAAAAUAAAACUUAGCUAAGUUAAUGUUAAUUUUAUAAUAUAAACGAGUUUGAAUAACAAAGUUAAGUUACACAUUUUUUGGAAAAUUAUAACUUACAGUUAAAUUAAAAUUUAAAAGUUUUUUUUUUUAUAAUUUCCUUUCACCAUACACUAACAAUUUUUUUUUUACACUAACAAUUAUAAUUACACAGUUUUACUGCAGAGUAUAAGACUCGUGUAGAUAUCACACAUACUUGCAUAGGCCGCAUUCUUGGUUUGUUAUAUGAUAGUGAUAUUUACGUAAAAAUAUGUUCUUUUCGUUGAAAAAUAAGUGUAAAAAUGUAGUUAUAGGUAAACAAUUUUUUUUUUUUCUUAAAUAACUUUUUCGUAAUAACUUAAAUUAUAAAAAGACGGUUAUACUUCACACGUGGGUGCAGCCCCACGUAUCCCAGAAAGGAUACAGACGGGGAUUUAAAGUAUAACGAUAAAGUAAAUAACGAUUAACCAUUGCUAACGAAAAAAAUAAUUCUGAGUCGAAUACAGUAAAUAGUAUUAUUUUUUCAACAAUAUAUACCUCAUAUUUUGGUAAAAUAAAUACAUAUGCAUUAACCAUUUUCUUUAAUAAUAUUUAUUUAAUAUUGUACUUAUUUUUUCAUUCUCUUGUUUUUCCUCCAUUUUUUCUAGGUUUUUCCAAUAUAUUGAGAAAACAAAAAAAUCUAAAAAUGACCUUCUGAAAGUAUCCCCUUUGUCAGAUUUUCUUUCAGAAAAAGUGCUACACUUGUAAAUCCAAGUUAUAAUUCUGGUAAAAAGUUGUCCACAGAUAAAAAAAAAAUUAAAAAAACAUCAUCGUAAAAGCAUAAGAUUCUUUGCUCCAUUCGGAAUCUAAAAAUAACUAAGUUAUAUUAGUAUAACAAUAUAAAAAAAUUGAUAUUUUUUCUUUACAUAGUAUAGGCACCAAACAAAGUAUAAAAUAAAAAUAAUGUAGCAGUGAAAGGAAGCAAUGUUAUUUUCUAACAUUCUUUUUUUUUUUUUUUUAAAUAUUUAAGUUAAAAGUAACUCAAUUUUUAAUUUUUUUAAUUAGUUACUAUACAGCUUUGCCAGUAAAUACAUAACAGUAUCUGUAGAAUAACAGUAGCGAAGCUAGAGGAGUCCCCUAACCUAACCUUUCCAGUAGCCUUCUACCAUUACCGUAUUUAACAUAUUUUCAAUUUUUUUUUUUUUUUUAAUUGAUUCACGUUUACGUUACUUUACGGUGUAUGGUUCAUUUUCAUAUAUUAUUCAUUUAAAUAUAAAUAAGUAUAAUAUUUAUAAAUUGAAUUAUGAAAAUUAACGUUAACAGACAGGCAACUAAUUUUGAAUUUUUUUCCAACCACCUUCCUUAUUGAAAAAUCCUAACCACACCCCUUAUUAGUACGUAUUAUAAUACAGACGUGUAAAUAAUUAAAACAGAAUAUUAUUAUAGUUAUUGAAAAUGAAUAAAUUAUUUUAUCACACACAUUAUAUAGCUAGGCACAUUGAAUAACUAAUUUUUGACAAAAAUAUUAUUUAAAUUAAUUUCAAAAUACAGGUUUUUAAUUAAUAAUUAAAAAAAAAAAAAACGGAAUUGUUAAUCGCAUGGAUCAUGGAUAUAAUCGUGCCUAUAUAAAUAUUAUAAUAUUUUAUGUAAAUGAAUUUAAAAAAAAUAAAAAAAAGAAUUAGCAUACAUUUCAAAUAACAACGUGAACUCGUAUAACUUUUUUUAAUAAUAUAAACUGUUUAUAUUUGAAAAAAAACUCGAAGAAAAGAAAAUUAAGUCAUUCGAACACGAGUAAUAAAAUAAAACAGUUUUUUUUAUUCAGAGUGAAAUAAAAUAUACUAACUAUAUUGUUGGUUAGUAAUUUUGUUGGUUAUUUUCUGGGUAACUAUAUUGUUGGUUACCCAGAAAAUCCUCAUAAUAAGUUAAUUUUAAUCAAUUUGGAACACUUAUGACGAGAAAACUGUUAUUAAGGAAACUACGAACAAUAUCAAAAGAUGAACCGCUCAAUGCACCAACCAGAUCUAAAAUGCUACAUGGAAGUUCCUUGAAGUAUUUUUAUUGGAUCAUGGUUUCUGGUAGAUAGGUUAUUUACAAAAAUAAAACGGAUUUCGAGGUUUUGCUGAAUAGCCGACGGUACAUAGUUAUUAGUUAUUAUUACAAAUUCAUAUGGAACAAAAUUCGAUUUCAUGUUUAUAAUUUUACUAAUUAUUAUAGUGAAAACGAAAAACUGUCAAAUGAAUUAUUAAAACCACUCCGAAUAUGAUUCGAAUAUGAAUAUGAUUGAUUACAUAUAUGAUAUGGAAAUCUAGUUUUAAUUAUUUUUUUUCUUCAAACGAAAAAAACUUAAAUUUAAGUUAAAAAUAAAAAAUAUUAUAACUGGGAGAGAACAUAAUACAUACAUACUUUUUUUACUAUAUUAAUUUGGUAAAUAUAAAAAAGUGUCUAUAUACCCAUUAUUAAAAAUAUGUUUUAAUUAAUUAAUAAAGUUUUAGUAAAAGGACAUUAACUAAUGAUUAUUAUUAGUAAUUUAUUUUUAUGUUUAAUGUAACAUAUUGAUCUCUGAGGGUUUUUAAUCAUAUUUACUUUAUUUUACCAUAAGGUUAAAUAUCAAACCUUAUCAAAAUUUAGAAAAUUCGUUUUGGGUAAUCAUAUACACGAAAAUCAGUUUUGUACAUCUACAUUCCGAACGAAAUGUAUCAACCGUAUAAUAAAGUUUAUCUAUUAAACAUUGAUAAUUAUUGUUUCAGUUAGAGAAAAAAAAUUCGGUGACGAAUGCGACUCCAAUGAGGACUGUAAUUUCAACGGGUCAACGUGUGCGAUGGACCGGAGCAACAAAAAGUCAUCUUGCCAAUGUCUACCCGAGUUCGAGGUCACCAACCAUAUAGACAAAUGUGGACACAGUCAGUAUUUAAAUUAUUCAUUAAUACAUAUCGAUUUUUAUUGCAUUGUAUUUUUUUUUUUUGCCUUUUUUUACUUGCGAAGCGUUAUUUUAUUAUUGUCUCAGUAGACAUUCGUGUUAGAACCCAUUAUACGAAAAAGCUGACAUGUAGGUAAAAUAGAUAGGUAUGAAAUAAAAUAAAUCAAGUUUCUUAAUCCUAUACACUAAAACUACGUCGAGUUACUGCGCAAUACUAUAUUAAAACAAAGUUUCGCAAACACAAUUCUGCCAAUAAGAAUUUAUUGUCCGUCGCUUAUCAUGUAAAAUUAAAUAUGAGUUAGUUGUAAAGCCUAAAAUAUAAAUGUAACAUAUAUUUCAUAAUAAUUCCAACGGUCUUUCGGAAUUAUCCAUAUUUAAUCCAACUUAUUAAGUUUUAUAAUAUUUCGAAAAACUAAAAUUAGUAAAACCAAAACUUCUGUGCGCAGCGUUGUGAUGCAGUAUGAUUUUGUAUGCAUACUCACCCCAUUUUUAUGAUUAAAUUGUGCGAAAAUUAUAAUUUAGAUUUUCAGAAAUUUUUAAGACGAUAUUUUUACAUACAUAGAUUUUUCAUAACAUUUAGGUAAUUUUUUGUGGCGAUACCAAUUUUAGUUUUACAAAUGAUAAAUUAUUUUUUAAACAUUUAGACGUAUUUUAAUCGAAAUUUGAACGAAGAAUUUCUGAGUUAUUCUGCUUUAAAUACUAAGCUUUUUACAGGGAUUGGAUACUGACAAGAUACUCCUUGAAUAUUGUGAAAAAUGCAAGUAUUCAAAAAUAUCGUCUAUUACUAUACAUUAAAAUUCCAAAAAUCAAAAUUCCAAUAUAUAAUAAUUUAACCAUACAAAUAGAACGAGCAUACUCGAAAAAUUACCCUGUAUAUUAAAUGUAUAUGAUUAACGCAUGCUGGAUAACCGAAUUUCAGCCUCUAAUUUUAAUCCCAUAAAUUCUAAAGCGGAAUACCUAUAUUUAUUUAAAUGUCGUGAAAUAAAUUUUAUCUUUGCAAUCGAAGUACUCGUAGUUUAGCGAAAUAAUGGGUUGUUAUUUUAAGCAUUUAAAGUUCAGAAUGUUUAAUUAAGACCUAAUAAUAAUGAAGAGGCAUGCAAAUAAUCAUAUGUCCUUCAACAUUAAUAGACUAACUAUCUAAACAUUCAUCAAACUUCUAUAAAUAAUGAACCGUCUAUUCAAUAUAUUUUGACCGAUACACAUUAACAAAAUUUUCAAAAAUAAAUAAUAAAUAUAAAAAUUAAUUUCGUAAAAAAGUAAAAAUUAGAUUGUAAAUAUCUUGUCCAUACUUUAAAAUUCAAAUUAUCUUCUGAUAAAAGAAAGUGUCUGUAUUUACAGCCUAAUCUAUCCACACGCAGAACUCUGAAAAUUUCUGUACAGAAACGAAUAAUCAAUUUUGUUUGCACCACAAAGUCGAAAUUCCAAAAUUCAAUCCCUAAUGCCCUGAAGGAUGGCUCACACAGUGUUUUUGUUACGAAAAUCAAAUUUGUUUUAUUAUAAUCAUUAAUAUGGGUUAUCUCAGUGACAUAUUAAAUACAGUUUUUAUUAUUUAAUUUGAAAACCACAGGCAAGGAAGUUACACCCUUUUUAAAAAACAAAUUGCCAGCCAACAACGAUUACUGUGAUAGGAACGGAGGUGAACACGGAAAGUCAUGAGGAGUUGGAUAUUUUUGAAAAUAAUAUAAAAAAGUUAUUUUGUGGUUAAAAAUUAUUAAUAUUUAUUGUACUUCGAAAACACUUGUGAACAGUGAGCUCCAUCAUUAAAGAGUCGAAUUUUCUCCCGCCUUUAUUGCAUUGAAAAAAUAUAUUUUCAAAAACAAUAAAUAAUCGAAUACUAUAAUAAUACAUCAAUACCGUACUAUAUUAUGAUACAGUCAUAUUAUUUCUAAAAUAUUGUAUAAUUUGCUCAUACAAACGAUAAGGGGGUUGAAAGAUAAAGCUCCCAAAAGGAAAAUCCUUGACGCUAACUGCAUGCAUACAAUUGUCUAUGGAAUAAUUCUAGGGGUGCACAAAGCUAAACAACUAGGGAAAACUAGAAUAUUUACAUAAUAAUGAUAUCUGUCAUAUUCGAUUUUGCUUUCGAUUCUAAUGUUAUUUAAUAAAAAAUAAUCAUAUAGAGACCUGAAUAUACUAUCAUAAUAAUAUCACCGAAUAUACUUAUAUUAGCCCUUUUUCAGAUAAUAUAUUGUAUCAUUAAAACAUUGUGACAGUUGUGACAUUGAGCUAUUUAUGGCUAUUAAACAUUUUCGUGGUUUUUAGUUUUAUUGGUUAUGUCUAAAGAAAAUUUAACAGGUUUAUCAUAAUGUUCAGAUUCAGAUUAGUGGUAAAAAAAUAUUAAUCGUAUAAUGAAGUCAUUUUUUUGUAUAAAUAAUCGUUCAAAUUUUAAUGAAAAUGCAUUCUGAUAAAAAAUAAAACUAUUUACUAUUUAUAUACGUGAUACUUAAAACAAAUAGAAUACGCUAAAAUGUUUUGAGAUAUUCCAUCCCCCAGCGUCUAUCCCCUAAGCCGAGCACCACACAUGAACCGGUAACAAAAACAUCUUAAAUUUAUCAUAAAAAUAAAAAUUCCCAAAACGAGUUAAUACUUUCCGAGACAAUAAGUAUCUUAUCGAGGAUUGAACAUCUUGUACAGACAGUAGACACAAUAAACUGCAAUAGAGUUUUAUUCCGGGAGAAAUUCGAUAACUCCCGAUAUACGCGUACUCAAUUAUUUGGUUUAUUCGUUUUUCUAAUUUAUUUAUAUAUAUACAUUUGAUUUUUCUAUUUAUAUUCUGGUUAAUUUUCCAAAUUAAUAUAAUAUAUGAUUACGAUACGUAUCAAAAUAAAUUACCAGUUUUGUUCCGAACCGAUACUUAUUUACUUUUUAAACUAAAUUCGCUAGGUCCCUGUAGAAGUCAAAACAAUUAUUAUUUUUGUAUUCAACUCCGACAUUAUACUCAUACUGCAAGUAUUGUAUUACAUCGUGCAAUUCUAUAUUUUUAUUCUGCGUGCCUUUUUCCUGUUCACGAUUAUGAUACAACCUUAUCCAUUUUCAUACUUCUCCGAACCUAUCAUUAGGGUGGUUAUUUUUUUCAUUUGACAGAAAUUCAUUACCAUAAUAAUUUUAAAAAACGGCCAAAUAUUUACAUCAUUAACAUUCCAUUUAGUAUUUUAAAUCUGUUCGAUUUUUAUUUUCUACAAGAAACUUUCCUCCGAAUUUUAAUAGUAGCAUCGAUACUAAAAGAAAAAUUGAUGUUAUUGCGGAGUAAUAAAGUGACGUUUUUGAUUUUUAAAGCAAUUUCCUUAAAGAUUGGGAAAAACCGUGAAAAAACGUAGGAAAACCAAGAAAGUUUACUACAUUAACGAUUUCAUUAUUUUCGUUUGUUAUUUUUUUGUUAUUCAGUUAAAAUAAUUAUGGAAACAUGACAUUUUUACAGAAUACUAUUAUAUUAGCUUUUUCUAGACCUGGUAAAAUGUUCAAUAUUUCCAAAGCAUGCUGCGGAAUUUUGAGUUAUUUAUAGUCAUAUGACAUUUUCUAGUAUUUUUUUAAGUUUUUAUUUAUUUAAUGUAUAUAAGAAUGUUUGGUCAAACAUAAAUGCUUAAAAUUUGAAUACAAAGUUCAUUAUAAGUUAUUACUUAACAGUGAAAAUAAAAAUUCCUACGUCAUGUAGUAUUAAAGAUCAAAUUUUGACGAAAAAUCUAAAAUUUCAGCAUUUCAGAUAAUUUUAAACUCAACUUCACUCAAAAUUGUUCUUCGUUACCUAGUAAUACAUUAUCGUUACGAACAGAAAACUAUAUACUUGUUAUAUACACCUGCAUAGUAUUAUAAAUGUCUCGCGUAACGUGCAUAAAUAACAUAGCUUUCCAUAAUAUUAUAAUAGUAGUAUAAAAACCGAAAAAUCUGACAGUGUUAUCAACAAUGUAAAGAUAAAUUUUUAAAUAUCUAGAUAAACAUUAAAGUUAAUCGCUUGAAUAAAUAUAUAGAUCCAGAUAAAAUAUAGUUGUUUAAUUUUCUAGAUAAAGAUAAUAAUAAUUAGGGUAGCUUUUUCUAAAUAAAAAGAUAAACAGUUUAACUUAACCUAACCAGCUCCCAAUCAUAAAACUAAAUGUUAAAAGUAGUAACAGUUUUAUCAGAUUUUAUAGACAUCUUAAUUUAAUCAAUGUUACGUGAUUAACUGAACUUAUUAAUUUAUUUAUUAAACCAAAAUAAUAAAAAUUAUCUAUAAAUAGUUUACCUAUUAUUUCUAAUUAAUAUAAUAAUUAGAAUUUAAAAAGAUUGUUCUAUAUAAAUUAAUUUAGACGAUUCAAUUGUUUAACCCAACACUGGUACCACAAUUUACUGUGAAUAUAAUGUCAAUAUAAUAGAUAUGAUAUGUAACAAUACUUAACCCGGUUACUGAUUUUUAUAUAGUUUUGACUCGUGCAUUAGAGAUAUGAUACCUUUAAAACGCACAGUUUUUAAGUUUCGAUAACUUCGUCACAUAGAUUUAAUUCAUAAUCGCAAUCUGUGGUCAUAUAUAUAUUUUUAUUAUAACGUUCCGAUUUUACCUACACAUACGGAAAAUCCUUAUUAAACUGUGAACUACAUACUGAAAAAAUAAAUAUUGAAACUUGCAUUGUACGAGUAUAACAGAGACAAUUUGAAACAUAUUGUUGUCAAGUAGGUUACCUCGAAAACUAUAACCGACUAAUUAAAUUUACAUUUACAUUUAAUUUGAAAUAGUACGUAUAGUUAAACAGUUUUAAAAAUAUUAUCAAUAGCUACAAUAAUUUAAUAUUAUUAAUAAUAAAAUCUCGAAUUUUAUUGUACAUUCAAUAAUCAAAACAUUUAAAACUGUACCUAAAUAAAAUUGACUUGUCGGUUAUUAAAACCUUUAAAGCAACACAUUUUUUAAAAUACAUUAUUUAUAAUAGAUUUAAAAUAUAUAUGAAACAACAAUAUCAGAACGGAAAAUGCAUUAAAAGCCCAAAAACAUACUACCUAGGUACGGUAGGUACCUAUACAUAUUUCUACAGUGUUUCAUUUCAAUGGAAAUUAUUCGCGUAGAAAUGCAGUUUAAAUAUUGAGGUCAUAGAUUCGCAGAAAGCUUUUAGAGACUUUGUUUGUCAAUCAUCAUUUUAAAUAUAUUGAAGACACUUGAUUCGUUGGAAAACAACAAAACGUAAACGUCAAUAAAACGUCUCUGUUCGUUGUGUACUCACUCGUACUACGGCAUCAAGACGUUUUUAAAGAACAGGAAGUUAGAAAAAAAAAAAAAAAUAUAUAUAUAUAUUCUUUACUCAAACCAUACGUCAUCGAGACAUAUGAUAAACACUCAACAAUGUGUUUAAAACAUUAAAAUAUUAUCAUUUUAAUAUAGCAGUAGGUAUUUUGCAAAUUUCUUUUUUUUUUACAUUGGUAAUAAGGUAUGCGAUCAAGAAAAAUAAACAGAUUUUGCUUGAAAAGUUUUCCAAAAAAAUCAUUUAACUUUAAAAUAAUAAAAUCUUAUUAAUUUUCAAAUUAUUUUAGUAUAAUAAUUGCAGUGGCCGAUUCUAGAUGUAAACUUUGUUGUCAGUCAACAUAAUAACUUAAUGAUAACGUACCGGGCUGACGAUGUACCUAAUCAUAGCAACGUAAUAUAUACGAGUAGAAUAGACCAGAGGCGGACAAACGGUCGAUCGCGGAUGAUUAUGACAAUGUCAAUAUUCCCUUGUUAAAUCACUAGGUAAAUCAUGAUAAUUUCUAUCUUAAUAGAUCAUUGUUUUGUCGUCAGUUUAACCAAAUAAUAUAGUUCAACAGUGUUUUUACUGGCAGUUUUAUUUCUGGUACAUUUAGUUUAUAAAUAUGAUUAUUAAAGUCUACAUUAAGUGUACAUUUUAGUUUUAUUAUUAAUACCUAUUAGGUUAUUAAUAAUUACACAUUUUUUUUUUUUUUUAUGAAAGUCGAUUAUCAAAAAAAAAAAUGUAUUAACAAUCGAUUGGUAGAUUUUUUAUUUACCUGUGAUCUAAAAUAUGAUCCUAGAGAAACGUUUACGGUAACUGAACUGGUACCAUACAAUUCGAUACCCGUCAUAGCCACCUUCGAAUGGCCAAAUUUCUUUUUUUUUACAAAUUUGUUUUAUAUGAUUGCUUUUAGACAUUAAUUUUGAUGUUUUUGUCAGUUUAACGCCUGGUAAGUACAUAUUUGUGUAAUAUAUAAUAUUUUGUAUUUAGAUUAUUUGUAAGUUUUUAAAACAUUUUAAGUAUAUUAUGUCAAACCUUAUAUUCAUAAUAUUCACAAAACUUAAAAAAACGGACUAUUAGUGAUGUUAGAACAUUUUAACAACUUUCGAAUAAUCUUAUUGUACUUAAGUCAAAAUAUUGAUGUAACUUAAAUAUUGCUAUCAAAAUGUUGUAUCUAAUAUUCUUAAAAUAUAAAUUUGUUAUCUGAGAGAGAAUGAGAAUAUCAAAUAUGAGAAUAAUCAGAUGGAUAGAGUGACGAGAGAAGAUGGAAUAAGAAAUGAAUACAUAAGAAGAAUCCCGGGCGUAGCAUUAAUUUUAGACAAAAUGAGAGAGAAUAUACUGAGAUGGUUUGAACAUAUGACAUGGAGGGAGGAAUCUGAAGCAAUACAAAUUGUAAUUAAAUAAACUGAGGAGGAAAGAGGGAGAGAGAAAGGGGUAAAAAGAGGUGGUUGGAUACCAUUGGGAAUUUGGAAUGAUAUGGACGGACAUUGUGUUUAUGAGGUGGAAUAUCAAGUCAAGUGGAAGUUUAGAACGAGAGUGGUUAACCCCAAAUAGUUGGGAUGAAAUCGAAAGAGAAGAAAAAUAAUUUAUAAAAAAAAAUAUAACCUUCUGUGUUACAAAAUUCUAUUACUUCAUCAAUGUCUGUUUUGGGACCAAAGAAUUAUAUUAUAUUAAUUUUGUUAAUUGAAAAAAAUAAUCGAAUUCGAACAGGUUCAAAUACGACGGACGCUGUGUCCCGAAUACGAAUGUUGCGUAAUUUUUGAAAUCGCAUUAUCGGCUUCCGGACUUACCACCCACCCGUCGAAAACACCCCCCGUGGCCCAAUUGCCACCCCGUUUCGUCUUACUCGUAAUAUUAUUUAAAUCUGUGGCACACCGCAAUAAUUAUGGCCUCGUGUGUAAUUUUGCGCGUUUAUCUGAUCGACACCGAUCGCGUGACGUGGUUUCUUCGUAGUUACCCUCACUUACAUAAUAUAAUAUUUUAUAAAUUACAAACAUAUACCAAUAGUAAGUAUAUACAUUACUAGAUCCGGUGUAAUUUUCAAAAGUGAAUUUAUACGCUUUUUCCUUUAUAUAGGUACAACUUUACCGCAUAUAUCGUAACUAUUUAUACCUAUCCUAUAAUAUAUAACUAUCCUGAAAAUGCAUUAACGAAAUUUAAUUAAAACCUGCACCAUGAGCGAACGCAGGAAAAUAAUUCGCGGAAUGUUUUGCAAAAAAAAAAAAUAUCUAUCACAUUUGACCUUUAUAUUUCUGUAAAUCAAUCUAUUAUAUUAAAGAAAAAAAGUGCAAACUAAAAUGUAAUUUAUACUUCGGAGAGGGUUUGAACCACCAAACCCACCCCUGUAUUCAUCACUAAUUAAAAUUAUUAAAUAACAAUAAUAUUAUAUUUAAGGAAGAUAUUUAUACCCAUUCGCAUGUUUUAAUUGGUUGGUUAAAAAAAUUGCGCUAUAAUACACAAAAUUUAAUUUUACAAGUUUGGCGUUUUGGGAUUUUUAGGGCAUUUCAAGGAAUUUAGACAUUUAUAGAGCAUAUUUUAAAUUAUAUUAAAGGAUUUCGUAUAUUUUCAAGACAUUUUUUUCAAGAAACAACUUUAUUUUUUUUUUAACAAAAUUUUAAAAGCAUAUUUUGGUAUGUUUAGGGCAUAACUGUAUUUUUUGUAUUUACGCUGCAGUUUCUCAAGCAUGAUCAAUUUUAUAAACGUAUCCAAAGGAUUCGCAGCUGUUCUUUCUUUUCAAUCGAUACCCAACUAAUAUUUACAAACUACAAUUUUAUGCGAAAAUUUAUGAAAAUAUCAACAUCCGAUAAAAUAUGCGUUUACACACUAUAUGACUUUAAUUAUAGACAUUAUAAUUGAAUCAUUUCUGUAGUUUGUGGGUUAUUCGUUGAUCUACACAGUUAACUGUCCAGUAAAUAUUAUUAAAACGAUAUCAUUUGCCGAAUUGUUUGUUACAAUAUUAUAUCUUUACUUCAAAGGGUAUUUUAUACAAAUGUUUAUGUGUGUAAGCUCCAAUAAUAUGGUAACUAUUAUAGGACACAAAGUUUUACAUUUAUAUGAAAUAAAUUUGCUGUGUUACGAUGGACAUAAAGAUAACAACAAAUCGGUAGCAGUGUCUUCGUCUAAAACAUAACGUCCGUAUUCUAUUUUGAUUGCACUAGAGGAAAUAACCUGCAGUAAAUAUAAUAUUUAUAAGUAGCUGUUUAUUUAACGUAUUAUAGGUAUUAGGUACUUUUUUUCCAUUAUUUUUUACGACUUUAUCAUUUUCCGCUACAAUGGAUAUAUUUUUAUAAUAUAUACUAUAUAUAUUUUCAAUAUAUAUUUAAUAUGACACUACAUCUAUACAUACACGAAGAAAAAGUUAUAAUCAACAUUCUCAAGUUGAUACUAAUUUUACUAAAGCCUAUACUCAAGUAAAUCAUGUAUAUCCUUGUUAGGAUUUUAUUUGAAUCCGGUUUCGAUUAUUAUGGUAUGAUAUUAUUACGAUAUGAUAAUUAAUAGUAUAGGUAAUAUUUUAAUUUUGUAAUAAGUUUUAACUAUAAUAUUGUUCUAUUAUGUAUGCAUAUACAUAUACAUAUUAUAUAUAUAUAUAUAUAUAUACAAACCGAUUGUUAAACUGCCCCACUUGAUAACCAUAUUUAUUAUCGAUAUCUUUCACAGUAAUAACUGAAAUAAACCAUAAUAUAAUAUUCGUAACACGGCGAAAUUUUGAAUUGAAAUUUAAAAAAUGUUUUUUUACUCCCUCAUUUUUAUUUAAUAUAUAAUAAUUUUCCUGCAAACAAAACAAGCUGAACAUAAUAUCAACUGAAGAUUGCUCACCCACUGCAUGACUACAACUGCGCCCACUCCUUCCUCGGUCCCCCCACUUCUCCUUCGUCGUAUCAAUGCUGACCUUAUUUUCAUCUCUUCUCUUCUCAAUGGUACUCUCGGUACUCCUGCAGACUUGCUAGAAAAUGCCUCUUUCCACGUUCUCUCACACUCCAUUACUCGAAAUCACUCCCACUUCUCCAUUCUGGCAUACAUCACGUCCUAUAGUCAUAACCUCUCCAUAGGAUGUUGCGUCGUCUCCUGACCUUUUCUUAUCACUGUAAUUUAACUGUUUAUACUAAUUAUUGUUCUCUUACCACUGCCCUCAGGACAUUUACAUAUUUAAAUUAAAUAAAAUAAUAAAGUGAUAGAAAAAUUAUUUUAUAAGCUAGGUUUUAUCAAUGGGGAGAUCUAGGGGAGUUCAGGGAUCGACUAACACCUUACUUAUAAAUAAAAUAAAAAGAAAUUACGGGGGUUACAAUACCCAAACCCCCUCCCUAGCUAUUCCACUGCCUAUAUAAGAGUUUAUUGGCCCUGCACAAAAUUCUAACCCAUAAUUUAUUGCCAUUUAUUUAUUACAAAUGUGAAAUUCACACAAUUUUAAACAUAAUAAUAUAAUCGGAUAAAAUGUGUAUCAUAUAAAUUAUAAAAUAAAAGAAAUUAUACUCACAAUACAGAAUUAAUGAACUUAAAAAUAUAUAUAUACUAAAUACCUAACUAGGUAGGUAGGUAAGAUUAUUAAUAAAAUUAUACCAAAAGUUCAACGCAUAAUAAAAAUUUGUACGUAUAAAUCAGUUAUUGAUUAAGAAUUUUCACGGUUAAAAAUAACAAAAAACUCUACUCUAAAAUAAAAAUAAAAAAAUUUUAAGGAGUUAACAUACCGACUAACCCAUACCUAAGUAUGAGACAUGGGUUUACAAUAGCUCUAUGGCACGUUAAAACCGAUUGAUUUGCAUAUCGGACCAUUAUACAUUUCACAUAGAAAACCGAACAGCGUCAUACUACUAGUUGAACAAAAAUGUAAUUUUUGAAACAUAGGUAUUAUAAAAUAUUAUAUAGUUAUAUUAACAAUAAGUAUUAUUCAAAAAAUAUGUAACAAAAAUAUACUUUUCGUCUGCAUAAUGACUCUGUGCAUGGCGAGCAUUAUUAUAAGCACGUUUUGUAUUUAUGUAACAAAAAAAAAAAAUAUAUAAAAAUAAAAAUGCGUAUAUAAUAAAAAGCCACCGGUGGGGUUCGAGUUGGAUCAAUGGUCUGGCCGCGGUGCCUAUUACUAUAAUAAUACAACAAAGGUUACCGUCGUAAAGGGGUAAGACUCACGCAAUCUCACUUCAGAGGUCACGUUUUCGGGUAAACGACCCCGAGAUUCAAAAUACAAAACAAAACCAAGCCAAGAAACUACAAUGUAUAUGCAUAAUGUAUAUACAUAUAUAUUACAUAUAAUAUAUCGUGUCACAUCUCAAAUUCUAAUCACUCGGGCACGUGUAUAUAACAGUUAUGAUGGUAUGUAUAUAUAUUAUAUAUAGUGCGUAUAAUUUAUGCGCAUACGAAACCGUUUAAAUUAAUGGUCUCUAAUCAAUGGUAAAACACAUCUAAGUCAUUGUUUAAAUCCCGACUCGGUUGGUAAAUUAUUAUAAAUUAAGGACGCCACUGGCGCGGCGUGCCGUUUAAAUCGACCGUACUACACGGUUGCGAAAAUACUAUACUUAUUUUAUUUUUAAUUUUGCAUUUUGUUACAACGAAUAUUUAAGAACUUUGGUUAAAACAUAUUGAAUGCUACGUACUCUCGUAAAUUAUAUUCAACUCGCACGCUAGUCUUACAGCUAUAAAAGUAAUUGCGACGGAUCCAAAAUAUUUGAUAAAGAAAUCAAAAAAGUCUGGAAAGUGUUUUUUGAUUGGUGAACUAAUUUUUAUGUGAUUAGACUUCUUUCGGUAUAUAAGUUUAUUACUAUUAGUUUUUAGGUAAAUACAAUUUUUUAUAGAAUCCAUAACAGGACUAAUUGCCCUAAACUCAACCAAAGAGUCUUGCUUUAUUGCACGUGUAUUAUUGCAGCAAAUAGAGAUGUUAUUGUAAACUAUGUAUACAAAAAAUACCUAUUUUAAAUUCCUAAAAUUCCAAGGACAUCAAACAAUUGCGCACUAGAAUAUACUACAUAAACUAAAAUUAAGACGAAACAAAUAAGUAGGUAGGCAUAGCAUAAAAUAAAAAUAUGCGAAACGCGUCCCACAACGCAACGCAAGCGAAAUAUCAAAAUAAACACUAGAUAUUGGUUCCGAUUUUCCCAGUUGGGCAAAUACGGUUUACGUAAAAACUAUGUAGUAUGCAUAAAAAAAAAAUACACACACACACAUUGAUUAACACUUAAUAAUUUAAGUGAUCACGAAAAAAAAAGGUCGACACGCAAGCCAAAUGAAAUUUGUUUUCCUCGGAGAGUACACGAAUGGAAAAAAUUGGAGAAACACUGCACCAAGUAUGAGAAAAAUAUAAAAAUAUAAUCAUUAAUUUCAUACCACGUAAAUUAGAUUUGCUCGGAAGACAUAAUAAAAUUUCAAAUCAUCAAACUGCAUUCCUUUUAAUGCUCCGUGUUUAUACAAACAUAUUUUAACUUGUAUCGUUUUCGAAAAAAGAAAAUAUUACUUUAAUCGUUUAAUCCUCGUUCAGGAAUUUGCUGCAAAAAUAUGUUUAAUAUGUUUUAAUGGAGUACACUCAUAGUACUCAUAUUAUCGUUUUUCUUAAAUAAUUAUCAUUAUAAAUCACAUAAUAUAAAUUUCAAAUAAUUUCUUACUAUAUUAAAUUUUAAUUUAUUAUCUACAGCAGUGCUUGCCAAACUUUUUCGGCGCCCAUUAUGAACUAAGGUUUCCUUAUGGCGCCUUUGCAAAUUAUUGCAACCGACCGAAUUUCAGCCAAAAACCGAUUUUCAGCGGAAUAGUUUUAGAAGUAAUUGUGUCUUUCCUUGUGUAUAGUCAAGAUAACUCAGAAAUCAACAAAAAUAAAACAUGUAUUUUAAAUUAUUAUCAGAUUAAAAAAAAAAAGACCUAGAACAUCGUAAUCCAUAAACGUGCCUAAUCGUCACCUUUAAUGCUAUCAUUUAGAUUUAAAAUUUAUUUUUAGACUAGUUAAUAUUUCACUUGGCGACUAUGUACUCCUACACCACGGCCUACACAUACAGCCACCACGGCACACUCUUUGAAAACCGCUAAUCUACAAUUUUUUGUACACAAAUACGCACAAAAACCCGUUGAUGAAAUAUUCCACUUAGACAUUUCAGUAAAAGAAUACAAGUAGUAGCAAUGCAUUCAUAAUAAUUAUAUUAGUUUAAACAAAUGUUGGUAUUGACAUUUUUUAUUUCUACCAAUCAAUUGACGAGAUAUUCCACUUUCAAAUUUGGAAAUCAUUUGUAUGGAAGCACAACGCAUGGCGUUUGUAUAGUGCUCCAUUGCUCUCGCUUUACCCAAAUUUAAAGUUGAAUUUCUGUCAAUAGAUAAAUGGAAAUAUAAAAUGUCAACACCAAAAUGUAUUUAACCUAAUAUUCAGGCAAUUUGUGAAUUUUUAUUCUAAAUUUCUAUUUGAAAAUCAAAAUUAUGUAAUUAUUUAACUUCUAAAAAUUAAUGGAACAAAAAAUGUAUUUACGCUUGUUGAAUAAGACUAUCUCUCUUUCUGUAUCGUUUAGACCCAAAUCACUGUUAUUCAUAUUCAAAUGAAAACAGAGGGCAUAGAAGACUUGUAAAACGAACAAAAACAAACCUGGUAAAUUAAAAUAUAUCUAGUCCUGGAUGGAAAAUAAUAAUUUUAAAAAAAUACACAACAUUUAAAUCGUAUUUUUUUAUGUAAUUAUUUUGUCUUAUACGAUUUUUUUAGCAUAAGUGCCUCUUGAAUUAAUUUGUGAACAAGUAUAUGUUUUUUAAAAUUUAGUUCACUUAUAUUGAAAACUGUAAACAAUUUAUUUAAGUCCUUUUUUUUCCUGAGACCAAAAAUAUAUUUAAUUGGCCCAAAGUCCGCAAAUCAGAAUGUUACUUAAAUAAAAUCAUUCCCUGUUUAAAAUUCUAAAUACGAAAUGUAUCACUUGAUAGUAAAAAGAAAUUGACAAAAAAAGUUUUAUUUGGCUCGCCGAGAAGGGUAGUCUAUUUGAGACUACCUGGGAUAUGAAUACGUAUGGUUUAAUAAUAACUCGUUUCUAUUUUUCACAUUGUAACAAUACAUGAAUCCGUCUUGUUACGCAUCCAUGAAAUAUUUCACCAUUCGGGCCGAUCCAUUAUUAUUAAUUAUGGAUGUAUAACACUUUCGUUUCACUCCACGUCAAAAACUUAGUAGACUUCUCAAUGGUUUGAACGCUAAUACGAAAUUAUUGCUCUCUUACUAUUUAAGUUAGAAAUCAAUUCGUAUCUGUGUAAAUAUUUAUUUGACGCUAAACGAUUUCGCAGUUAUGCAUAAUAUUAUAGUAUAAUAAUUAGUAAAUAAUUUAACACGAUGAUCUAAUUCCCGUUCAUCAAUCUUUUGGUACAGUAACCAUCGAAUACUUGUAUACCUACUAACAAUUCGUUUGACAGAAAUAGUUAUGAUUAAUUUAGUGAAAAAGCCGUUUUCGUUUUUUCUCGUUCAUCAUUUUACAAAUAUUAUUGUUCUCUAAUACAAACAACUGUUGGUCGGAUGCGCUUGGGAGCAUCAUUGUAAAUACGCCUAAUACUAAAUUAUUUGCAAGUCUGUGAUAAACCAGAAUAUGGCAGACCAUUAAUAUUAUAUUUUUAAGUACUUAGUGGAUUCAGAUUCAGUCUGCACGGUUUUUGAAUUUUGUUUCUCAAAUGUAUGAUUCCUUUUUUUUUUCUUUUUUUUUUUGGAGGGGGGUGAGGGGCGGUUAAGAAAAAGGUAAGUAAGAAAAUCUCAUUAAUGUUUAUAUUUACAAAAGUCUAUAAACAAUAAUUCUUACUCUUGUAAUUUAAUAAAAUGUCAAACAACAAAUUCAAUUUACCUAACUGAACCAAUUGCUUUUAUAUGUAAAUAAAAAUAGAUAAUAAUAAAACAAAAUUAAUAUUUAUUAAAGAAAAACCACGAAAAGAAAAUAAUAGAUAAGUAUAAUACUUUAAAUUACACAAAUUACCUACCAGUAUAAUAAAUUAUCAAUUUAUAUAUGUACAUUUUUUUAUGAUAUAAAUAAAUUUAACGAACGAGAAGUUAUUAAGUUAGAAUAAAUAAUAAAUGACUAAAAGAGAAGAUUUCCUUUUUAAGAAUGUGAAGUAUCACACCCUAAUACUAUAGUAGAUAACCAUUUUUAGCUAAUUGAAUUGAUAAGCAAAAUGAAAAAAUUAGUUUCGUAUAUUAAUACAAUAGUUGUAAAACCAAACCAUUGCUCUCAAUGAUAAUACUAUUAUAUACAAUUCAAUGUUCAAUAGACUACAAUAAUUCAACUGUUAGAAACAGAAAUCUCAUUUCGUAUAGGUAUCUAUACGUGCAGGUAUCUAUCUACCUACUUACAUUUAUUUGGAAACAUAAGUUUGGACAAAAUUAUCAACGUUAGAAAAAAAGUUUGAAACCAUCAGCGGUGUUUAAUCACUUCGAUAAACUCGAUAAAAUACGAGAUUUGGGUUCAUCCGACAAGAAAACUCUAAGUAAUUACAUCGUCAAUAUACUCGAGUAAUGAGUAAUGAGUAAGUACUUGAAACGUGAAUUUAAUAUUAUGUAUUGAGUUGCAGAAAAAUUUUACAAUCCGGAUACCGAUCCAAAAUGUAUGCCUGUUAGUCGAAACGAAAUAUAUUCUUACAAUAAAUAUUACUGAUAAUGAUAUUAUACGUUAAUCAAUAAUUUUAAAAAGGUUUUCAUAACCUAGUUAUGCGGUAGUAGCACAAAAUAUGCGGUAUACUGUUCUAUGUUUUUGACAUUUUACGUUAGUUUAUCAUAAUAAUAAUAUGAAGUUGUAAUAAUUUAUAAUUUAUUAUAGCGUUAAAAUCAGAGAAUAUACUGUUGGUUAUAUUCUAUAAGUGGUCGAGUUAUAAUGUUAAGAUAAAUUAUAUAUCUAUUCUUUAUUAGUAUUAAUUGAUUACAAAUUUACAACCAACGUUGAUGAAAAUUUUACACGGAGUAAUCAAAAUAAAAUAAGACGAAAACGUCAACAUUGAAUGCUUCCUCUAAUUGUUAAAAAUGUUGCCAUCGAUAUUGAAAAAAAAAUUUCUCUAGCAUACUAAUGCAUACUAAUAUACUCGGUACUCAAUAAUUCUAAUUUAAACAAAAUUUAAAGUUUUCAAAAUAUUACAUUGAGUUAAAAUAAUACAGACGCCUCUGCAUCUUUUACUUUUAACCUGACCUUACUCUCCAUACUUAUCUGUAAUCUCUGUAUACAAAUUAUCAAAGAGGAAGCAGAUAUUAUUCUUUAUUCUGAUUCUAAAAUGUCUAACUAUAUUACCCCAACUAUCAUUUAAACAAAACAUCCAUGAGCAGGGAUGCUCCUUCACUAGAAUCAAAUUUUUGCCAAGCUGACUAAUUACCGUUAUAAUAUUUUUCAAUUAUUUAUUAUUAUUGAUCUAAAAUUAAUUUGGUUACCAGAAUUGUUCACCGAUAUUAAAUAUUAAUACUAUGUACUUAAUUUAAUUAAAUGUGUAUUCAACACACAACUAUUAAUCACAGCUACAACCUACCUCUGCUCUAUUUCAGAGUCUACUACCCCUCCUUUCUUUCAGGUAUAAUAGUUAUCUUACAAUCAUUCAGUAAUGAUAAGGAGUUGAACAAAAACGUUGUAUCAAAAUAUAGGUAAAGUAAUCCUGGAAAUUUUUGCUAUCAUACAAACAGACGGAGGGGUAAGGAUUAGAAGUUGAAACCUUCUAAAUAAAGUAUAUCUUUGACAACAAUGUUAUUUAUACAUACAAAUUUUAACCUCGAUACUUAUUUUGAUGAUUCAAAAGGGGUAUUUAAAAUGCGGUAUUUCCUGUGAAAACAUGAAAUUAGAGCAUAAAAAUGGUUGGGAAAGUGGUUGAAAAUCGAAACCCCCCAAAAAGAUAUAUCAUUAAUACGUACACAGAAGAUAUACAAAAUUGUAUCCCCCGACUUUAUUUAGGGUGUCUGUAGGGGUGAACAAAUCUAAACAAAAAAUCUUUUUUUCGCAACAACAUGGUGAAAUUCAUAUUGAAAUUUAACCAAAAUAUUAUCACUUCAAUCGCACAUUUAUCUUUUUUACGACUCGUUUGAGCAUACUAAUUUUUAGGUUUAAAUAUUAAAGGUUCAUCUCUGCGAAAAUUUACCACUUUACGAUUCGUUUAAACACAACAGCACAUUUCUUUUUUCACUGUAAUAAGCUUAGAAUCAUCUGGUUUCCAUAGGCAUUAUAAAAUACGUGCGUGUGUGUUAGUGUUCGAAUGUGAUUUUUUUAAACCCUUCAUUUAAAUGUUUAUAAUUAUAACCAUAUACUAUUACCAUUUAGUAAUAGUAAUAAUAUAGGUACUUAGCCUUUAUUUAAACUUAUAUUAGUUUUGAAGGGUUGUAUUUAAGUACCAUUAUUUUAUACAUAUAUUAAACGAUCAAUAUUUUAAUUUUUAUAUUAUUUCUAAAUAUUUUAAAAUUUUAUCUCCUUAUUUAUUUUCUCUUUUCUUUUAAAAUUGAUGAUUUUAUUAUUCAUAAAAUUAAUCUUUAAAUCAUUUUCCCUUCGAAUUUCAAUAAUUAUGUAGAUUACUUAAUGUAUGUAUGGAUGAGCGGUAUAAAAUCUACUAUUAUAAUUUUUGUGAAAACUUUCUUCGCCAUAAUUGGUCUUAGAAUUAUUAAUAGGUUCACAAGUCUAUAAAAUCCAUCUGAAAUUUCUUCAGGAGGUAAAUAACUUAAUCCAUAAAAUACUUCAUCCAUUUGCAAAUUUCAGAAUCAUUGUUUAAGUACUGAGAUAAUAAUAUCUUAUGUUGUUGAAUGUGUUUAAACUAAUUGUUUCCUAAAUGAAAGUUACAACUUACAAUUUUGAAAUUAGGAAAACCUUAUAAUAACUAAACUGCAUUAUGCACUGCUUUUUCAAAGUCAGUGUGUAAUUUUUAAUGCACUCAAACGAGUCGUCGAGUUGCAGGUAAAACAUUUAAUACAUGCACAAACGAGUUGCACUGUCCUAGCAGUAGUUAUUAAUUACAACGGGUUAUUAUUAUUUUUUCAAUUAUCUAUCGUUGUUAAUAACAGCUUGUACGAUCUCAAUAAAUAACUAAUAGAAUAAAUAUAAAGUGUUUUAAUAUAUUUACGAGUAUACUAUAUACAAUGUAUAACCGACACAAUACAAUGCAAUAGCUAUUUUUUCGGGAAAAACUCGACAAAAAUGUACACAUUCCGACACUCCCUAACAAAACUAGUCUUGAACUUAAAAUUAGCGUAUGUUGAGACAGCUUAAAUAACCUUUCCUAAUUGUGUAAAGCAGUGGUUUCUAACUGGAAGUCCGUUUAAUCAUCUCAAGUAGUUAGUUUACUGCUGAUUUUAUUAUGUACGUAUAAAUUAUAAAGAAAUUAAGUAAUGGUCUGUGGUGGUAGACAUUUUACAAUAUUGGUCCGUGCCUAAUGUUGAGUUGGGAACCACCAGUGUAAGGCGUCAUUAUAAUGGAUAACUUGUUUUCUUUUUCGUUCACACAAUCACGCAAUGCACUUAAGUAUAUUUCACUUAUUCUUAUUGUAUACAUAGUGUAAAUGUUAUCAAAAAUAAAAGUAAAAUUAUUAAAUAUGACCAAAAAAUAUAACCGAAUAUUUUUUCUAACCAAGGGCAUUAUAAUAAUCUCAUUUACAUGGUGGGGGUAAGGGGUUUGAUUUUCAACAUUCAAACAUUACGGUAUUGAAUAUGUUACUAUACUUAAGUACUUGGGUACAUAAUGACCGUAAACUAGAAUCAAGAAAGUAAUCGAUGUCAUUAUCUAAAAAAAAAAAAAAAAUGCCGAUGAAUAAUAGAGCUCCACAUUAGUGUCAAAUUUUCCUUCAACCUGCUUGCCGUUAUUACAAUAUUUAAUUUCUUUUUUUUAUUUAAAUUAUCUAAAAUAGUUACUUUUGUCAGUGUUUUAUUACUCAUUUUCAUUCUAUAGGGGUAUAUAAAACUAGGUAUUCAAUAGGAGCGUACAAGGCUAAAAAACACGAUCUCUUCCCGCAACAAUAUGAUGGUAAAAUAUUUAAAUUCAACCAAAAUUGUAUCAUUUCAAUCCGCCACAAUAGUAGUACAAUAGUUUUUAUUUUCGAGGAAACUUUCAAUUAAAUUUAUUCGAAAUGCCUACUAAUUCACUAAACGAUCGAAAUAUUUGGUGCGUCACUGGCCUAUGAUAUAAAACUUAUUUGGUUUAACUAUUCGUGCACGUGCCGCACGCAGUACUGCAGUAGUAUAUGAACCAAAUAUAUUACAGUCGUAAAAAAUGAUAGGAAAUUAAAAAAAAAUAACUAAUAAAUUACCUAUUUGUCAACCAACGGGUUCGUGCAAUAAAUUUAAUUUAAGUUGAAACCAGAAAAAAGGUAUUAUUUCCCGUAGUCAUAAAAAGAAAAUCCAUUUAUAAUGACCGUAAUAAUAGGUUGGAAACUAAAGAAAAAAAAACUCCGCAUUAUCGACUGUUCUUUAUAUUAUACAACGAAAAAUCUUGACCGUGAAUAUAGGUUCAUUCAAAACGGCAAAAUUACUGUCAAACGUAACCGAAAAAACGAAAGUAAAAGAACCUAUGUAAUGAACGGAUAAAAGUCCACCAAUUCUGUAAAGAGAGUUUUUUGUUUUCCUACUACCUAGUCGUAAACAAACACACCGAAAUAUGUUCCAGACGCUAAGAUAAACGAACCGUGUUUUUUCAACGAACAAUGCGAAGCCCUCGUGUUCCAAACGGAGUGUAAUGGUGCCGUGUGCGCUUGCAGGUUCGAGAAAACUCCGGUGUUCGAUAAUAAUGGGAAAAUCGAGUGUAUAGGUAAGUGUAAAUCGGUUAUUUUGGUACACAUUAUAUAUUAUAAUAUAUGAUAAAUAUUGGUAGGUACUACAUUAUACCUGAUCCGCAAAUUUCAUUCUCGAGGCCAUGUCAUAUGGGCAAUUUUUCGUUAUCGAAUCUACAAAUAAUACCAUCGCAGAACUGUAUAUUUUUCCAAGAUAAUAUUUUGUUACAUGUUUAACUAACCAAAAAUCGAUCCUACUUAAUUCUACUAAUUAUUUUGAACGACUAUUAACUAUUACGUUUUUCCCGCUUAUCACUUGUCUACUACAAUACCUAAUGACAUAUUAUACGUUUACCAAUAGUUAUUUUUUCAGAAUUUCCAUUGUGUAAAAAUCAAAAAUAGUAGUUUCACCUUUUUUUAAUCAUUCCUAAUCAGAUUAGGUUAGGUAUACUAUUAUUCAAUAGUUCAAUUAGGUAUUUUAUAGGUAGGUAUAUUGUUAUUAUCAUGUACCUAUUUCAUAUAAAUAUUAUUCAAAUAACUCUGAAAACAUGAGUAAUUUUAUUUUUUUUAUCUGGAAAAAAUGUUUAACAAAAUACACAUUUUUGUAGAUUAUUUUCAUUCUUGCGUUACAGUAUGCACUGUAUUCUUAAUUGUAUUUUAUUGUUACUAUUAACUACUGUUUUUCUGACAAAUGUAUUUGUUUGAAUUUAUUUUUUAGCAAAGAACAUUCCCAACUCCGAUUCGUACACUGAUCCGGCUAUGUUGUGCGUGUUGGCUGGAAUGUUUUUAAUGUUCAUUAUAAUAUGCGUAGUGUUAAGAUUGUUCAGCAAGUAAGUUUUGUUUUUAAUAUAAAAUGUAAAAUCAUCUUUUUAGUUCGUACGUCUCAGUCACUAAUUUUAAUUCAAUAGUGUUAUUAAUAAAAUAAUAAAACUAUAUACUGAUAUUUAUUCGUAUGACAGUGAUGGUAUGAAAAUAAUAAACAUAAACUUUUUAAAUUAUAAUUUUAUGCAAUGUAUACCACAUGACAAGUCUUCGUUAAAAUAUUUUCAAUAUAAUGUACGACGUACAACUUCGUAAAACUAUAAACCUCUUAGUGUACUCAGAUUUUUCUAAACAUAUAAUAUAUUUCCAACGCCGCUUAAUCUGAGCGCCUUUCAAAACCUUAGUUUAACAUACCCAUAAAUCAUAAGCUAUAAUAUAUAUCUACUUUCACAAUCACUGUUUUGUUUAAGUCUAGUUAUACUUUUUAUUUUUUUUUUUAAGUUAACUUUUAGUUAAAUCAAAGCCAGAUUUGGCAUUGAUAAAUGAAAUAAUGUAUAAAUUCUGUUACUCGUUUCUACGGCAAAGCAAGCGCCUACAUAUUUAAAUAAAAAUGCUUUAAACUUUUAAACCAGAGUUUCGAUAUAAAAAUAUGUAUAUAGAAUUAAGUAGAUAAUGAAACAGUUAUUUCAAUUUUCAGCAUUAUUUUUUCUCACUUUGCUCACCUAUAAACACAGAAUUUGUGGUGCAUUAUUAAUUUAAAUAUCUACUCAAAAGCUAUACAAGUAAUUAUUAAAUUUUAAAAACAAUUUUAAAGUAGUUUUAAGAAUUACAAUAAAACAGUUGUUUCUGUUUAUUUUCGUGAUUUCCAAAUUGUUAUUCGCUAUUGACAAGACAUUAAAAAACCAAAACCAAACUGAUAAGAUUCUUUAGGAAUUCAUACAAUAUAAUAUUAUUCUAAAACUUGAAAGUACCUAUCAUCCCCAUCUGUGCUCAAUUUUCUAGUUUUAGAAAUCCUAAAAAACAACAUAACGUAUAUAUACAAUGGGUAGAAAAUAUUUAUAUAAAAUAAUGCCACUACCUAUGUAUACGUAUAUUAAAAACCUAAUUUUUCAUUCAAUUCCUGACGUGAGCAUCGUGAUCAGGAUAAAAGAAACUCACUUUUUCAACUUAAUAAAUAUGUAAAUUUUACUAUUUUCUAUAUAUAUUUCGUGUGUAUUUUUUAUCCUGUCAAAACUUAUGCAUAGUCCACUUACGAUCGUAUACACGUCUCUAAAUAAAGUUACUGUACAAAACUUUUUUAUCAUGUUCACUGCCCUAGAAAAGCUGUAAAAUACAAAACCCACAGAAUCAAAAACAUACAUCCUUGUAAAAUAUUAUAGAUUCCCUAGCCCAGUUUAGAAUUGUAUAAUUUUAAACUCAAUUACGUAAGGAUUUCAUCAAACGUUCAAUAUUUAACUUAUCUAGAACAUUUGAAUAACUAUCAAUGUCACUUAAGUUCCAUUGGCGUAAUUUGGGAUAGGUUUUAAGAAAGGGUGGACAAUUGUUUUAAAAUUUUAUAGAAGGUGAGUGGUGGUAUGAAGUUAUUAACUAAGGCUCACUUUCAGGAGAAAGGGGUAAUUUUUGGUAAAAAAUAUGUAGAGAUUAGGUUAGGUGUAUAUGUAAAAUAUGUGUAUAUGUAGAGUAUACUCUAUGGGAACAUCACUUUCUGUAUCAAAUUUUCAGUUAUAAGUAUACCUCUAACAUUGUAUUUCACUAGUAUAUUCUGAUACACUUUAAGUAUAAAAUGUAUUGUAUUCAUGCAUAGUAGUCAAUACUUAUAAUGUACAUAAUACUUAAAUAAAAAAAAAAAACAACAAAGGGGAGAAUUUGGGUGCCGAAUCCCCUCCCCUAGAAUUACGCCACUAUUAGGUUCGAUUAAAGUUACAUAUAAUAACGCAAUAAUAUGAUAAAACAAACCUAAACAUUAAACAACGUGUUUUAUAAAAAAAAUAAGAACAAUCUUUUUAUGUUUUACUAAUAUAAUAUUAAGUUGUAAAAAGAUCAACCUUAACGAUUACAAUAUAUUAUCGAAAAGAAAUACCAAACUUUUAUUAUCUAUUUAUUAAACAAAACACACGUAGGUAAAAGAACAAACAAAUUAUUUGCUCGCAGAAUUGUUUUUAACAUUUUUUUUUACUAUCUAGUUUAACACCUAGUACAUUUCUAACAAUGAUAUACGUCCACAAAUAAUAUAGUAAGUUGACGUGAAUACUUAUAAAUACCUAUUUUUUGUACAGGGCUCGUUGGAGAGAAAACCGUACAAUAUUCAACACGCCCAACCCGAGAUUGAUGAACGUGUCGCUACUGAGAGACAACAAACCACCACCCGGAGCGGCCGGCGAACGUAGAGGUAGCAAAUCCAGUACAAAGACCCAUUCCCCUUCGAGACAACCAAGCAUGGCCUCGUUGAAGCCCCAAUCGCCUUCUUUAGGUUAGAAACCUCUAUCUCUAUCUAUAUAAGCUUCUUCGUCUACUCCAUGGAUACCGUGUACCUAUGCCUCACGCACACAGACACUAGUAUACAAUAUAAUUUAUACCGUCUUUGAGUCUCGAACAUUGAACUUCGACAGCCAUCACUACCAUAUGUAACAAUACGUACUUAUUCGGUUACUAUUCUUCUUUUUUUUUUUUAAUUUCCACGAGUUCAAUAGAACCGGCGGCGAAUCAUUGAAUAUUCGAGACAAAUAAGACAACAAUUGUUAAGUAGUAGACGUAAAGUAAUAUUCGUUUUCAUUAAUAUUCUGUUAUUUUUUUCAUUAAAUUAUAAUUUUAAUAUUAUCUUCAUGAUUUUAUACCACACAAUUGGGGCCAGCUGUUUUUAUUCUCAUUAUACACGUAUCCUUCACCAUUCCUACAUCAACUCCACAUAUCCUCGUAUCUAACAGCCUCUAGCUCCAUUUUCUUCUGCGUUCUACACCUUCCUCAAUGUUUUCACUUUUGCAUUUUUCUAUCGCUUUUUUCAACUUCGUCCAACCAUAUACAUAAUAAGCAAUAAUAUUACUAUAGUAAAAUGUUUAAUACAAUUUAAAACCGGGUUAAGCAGAUAUAAAAAUGUAUAAAAACAAAUUAGACAUUGUGCAAUCAUCGUAAGGCUUGGGCAUAUGUUUUGCAAGAAAUGCACCAUACUAUAGGUAUACAGAAUAAUACGGUCGAUGGUUGAUUACACUGCCAAAUCAUACAUUUUCUUUUUCUUCUUUGGUUUUUAAAGGUCGUUGAGGUCCAUUAGGUACUUCAACACAUCCCUGCUUCUAUCUAUCUCAAUUUUAAACUAAUGCGUCUACGUUGUGUGCAUUUCAGGUUCCUAUGUCUACCCAUUUUUGUUUUAAUCUAUCCAGUGAUUUUUUUAUUAUUGAAUUUCUAUUUUAAAACAUGUACCAUUAUUCAAUCAAAUCGUCGUGAUCUAAAAUCUACGUAAUUAGUUCAUAUAAUAGUUCGUCUACAUCAGUAGGGCUCCUACUUCCGGUUCCUUGUAUAAACUAUCAAAAUUCUACACUAAAUAUUCCUUAUGCCAUAUUACCUAAGUAAUAUCAUGUAUUUCCAUAAUGUUAAAUAUUUUAAUUGAUAAAUACCUACUAAAACGUUCACUGCUGGCUCUAAAAAUUAAAUUAUUUUAUCUGGACUUCGGAACAUUUUGUCGAAUUGUAUUCGAUUUAUAAUUACAAACUGUCCACAUUUCAUUUUAAUAUGUUUAUGUAUACUACAUGACUAGCUUUUCAAUUUCAUUUUUUUUUUUUUUUUUUAUGAAGAUCUCAACCACGAGUUGUCUGAAGCGUUUGCAAAACGGCACAACGCUUUUAUAUUUUUUGUUUGAAUAACACGUCCAUAAUCAUUUGUUUCAAUACACUGUAUUAUUUAGCAACAACACAAUAUAAUUGGUUAUAUUAUAUAUAGUAUUACAACAGCACCUGUAACUAUUGACGCCGCAGUACCUAUACUAAUAAAUAAAUAAGUAUAUAGGUAACGUCGAAAUAAGUUUUUUAAUUAAAAGAUAAAUAUUCUAAUUUUAUAUUUCUCGUAGAUUAUAGAUCAAUUGCAUUAGAUAAUAAAUUAUAUGCAUUCCUUGUUCGUUAUUUAAAUAGCGAUUGUUUUAUAGCGAUGUUUUUUAUCAACAUUUUAACCGAGUCUUGAGCUUUUGUCAGACUACAAGCACGUAUCUGUGUCUGCGAUCUAAAUGAAUGUUUUGGUUUUAAUUAUAUAAUAUUAAAUCAUCAUAAGUCAAUACUUAAAUUUAAAUGUCCUUGGUGAUUUAGUAAAAUAAACUUUUGUGUUUAAAACCUGAACAUUAAUUUAAUUAAAUACAUUUUUUAUUUCUGUCCAGAGAAACAAACCGUAAAAUGAACGAUACUUUCAAAAGCUGGUAUUUUUCCAGAAUUAUAUUUUUUUCGAAAUCCCCUUUCCUGAACCCUUCCAUCCAACUGAAUGUUACUUUCCCCGAGUACCAUUCAUCCAAAAAAAGUGAUUGGAUUUUUCAAAGGCGUAUAAUGUAUCACCACGGAUUACGCAACGUUUAAUGACUUGGACUUCUUAAUAAUUUGAUUUGGCUUAAAACGUAGCGGUCACCUUUUAAAUAAUAAUAAUUUGUAUAGUUAAAAGGUAGUUAUACUUAAAAUAUUUCAGGCAACGAAUAUUUCUGUUUCCGCGUACAAUGAAACAUCACGAUAACGACAAACCUUGUACUUAAAAUAAAUAACCAUUUUAAAUAAUCGAUGAUAAUAUUUAAACUGUGAAUUUCAAUUACUAAGAAAACCUUUAAAAAAUUCAAUUAAAAUUCCUAGAAAAAUGGCUCACAAAGAACUGAAAAUCCGUAAAAAUGUAUUAAAUGCAUUUAAAAUUUGAAAAAUAAAUAAAUACCUAAUAUAUGUAUAAAAGAAAUAUUUUUUUUUGGGAAUAGAAAACGAUUUAUACUGUGUUUUAUUAAUAUUAGAUGCAGGCACACCUAGUAACAAUAAUUUUAUUAACAAAUAUUUUGUUUUAUCAUAAUAAUAUUGUUAUAGUCAUUAUAAGUUUUUGUUUAUAUUGAUAUUAUUGUUUUGUACUAUUUCUAUAAACUGAUGGGUGAUGGAAAUAUAUAUAAUACAAAUAAUUUGCUAUAUAGAUUUAACCUCAACGCGGUAUUGUAUCAGAUAGCUGUAUUAGAUGUUCUCAAGACUCGGUUAAAUCGGAAAAAAAAAAUAAUCGCCUCGAAUAUAUUUUGUAUUUAAUGGUAUUUUCUGUUUGAAUUAUUACUAUAUAAAUUACAUCUAUAUAUUAUUAUGUACUAUAUUAUACGUUUCUCGAUAUUCUAAUAUAUGUUAUAUCUAUAUAAUAGCUCGCAAUAUAAAAUCAAUACAGUAGGUACUAUAUUACUGCAUGAUUCUUGUUGUACACUCGUUAUGAUAAUUAUACUGCUCUAUCGUAGAAUAACACACCGGACAUCCGGACAAUAUAUAUAUAUAUAUAUAUAUUAUUAUACUUGUUUAUUACUUAUUAUUGUUUUUCGUGCGUAUCUAAUUUAUUUGUCUACACCUUUACUCGAAUAAUCAGACUGUAUUGUAUUUCAAUCGUUCUCGACACACCUCUCUAUAUUUUAUUAUAAUACACCUAUAAUAUAUUAUGUAAACCAUAAAAAAAAAAAAACUAAUGACGACUAUUAUAAAUGGUACCUGUGUAAUAUUAUCAGCGUUGAAAAAUAAUCAUUUUUUUUUUUUCCUAUCGAUAUUUUUUCGUCUAUAGGUCGGGGCGUCCGCGGCAACAACGGCGGCGGCGGCGGUGCCAACACGGAAACCGUAAAGUCUCCGACGACUAAAUCUCCGGUAAUGCUCCCGAUGGAACCGAAAACUUCUGCAAUAGAAGUACAACCCGACGUGUGA